AUGGAGGGCGACGAGAAGAAGGGCCAGUCAGCACGUCAUCUCAACAUUGACACGACCGUCGGACGGAGCAUCUCACAACCAACUAGCCCUUCCAUGAGCUACUCAACUGGUACCCAACAUCAGAAGGUCCUUUCUUUGAAUGAAUGCCAACUUUCAGAUCGAGAAACUGUGAUGAGAAGUGCGAGUGGCCACGCGACAGUGGCCGAGACUCACCUCAUCCGCUCGAUCGGAUCCACAUCGCAGUCGUACACUGAGGAGCACUGGAGCUCUGAGAUCACAAGCUUCGUGGCUCUGGCGCCGCCGAAGUUCAUCCAGGUUAUCAAGGCGUACCGGGUGUUGGCAUCCGAUACGAUCAGUUUGGUCGUCGAGGUCGCCAGUGAUCCGCCCGCGAUUUUCGAGUGGUUUUGCAAUGAGAAAUCGGUUUUACAGGUAUGUGAAGCUUGAGAAUGGAAUUAUUAAUGAUGCUGCAAGAGUUUCAGGAUCGUAACCGCUUCCAAGUCGGUCAUGGAAUCAACAUAAGCCGGCUGAAAGUGAUCCAGCCAGAGCAAGGAGUUUACAAGUGUGUCACCCGGAAUCCAGCUGGUGUGAGCACUAGUUACGGAUACAUCACUGUCAACUGUGAGUUUUUCAAUAGUAUGUUUUCCUUGACAAUAUGUUUUCAGCCGAUCGCGAGCACUUGUCCUCGUCCAAAGAAGACGUGCGACUGCAGCGUCAGCACUCGGUCACCUACCAUCAGGCGCCGCGCUUCUUGACCCAAGUGCCGAACCUGUUCGUUACUGCCGGCAGCCACGUCAUCAUCGACGUGGAAGUGGACGCGAAUCCGCCCGCCAGAUUCUCCUGGUUCGUCAACGGAAAAGAGUAUAGAGAAUCGACGCACAACGUCGAAAUGUUCUCGCCGGACGUCAAUCGCAGCGUCGUCCGAUUCUCGAUUCCGGUGGCCGGAGAGUACAAGGUGGUGGCGUCGAACGUACACGGAUCGGCCAUGUCUUGCGGACACGUGGACAUUCAGAAAGGUUCGAAAAGAUUUUGGUUCUCCUACUGCUUGUAUCGGAAUGAUUUCAGUUGUGGAGCUCGAAGUGUCGGAGACAUCAGUGACCACUUCGACCACUGCUUUCGACCCCAUGACGAGCUCGAUGAGAGCUCUGGGAAGCAACGGUAGGCAUUCGCGCCAGGCCACCAACCUCUUCGAGUUGAACUACACGCAGCGGUCCAGCAGCGUUCCGCGCGGUGUACGCCAUCUUGAAUCACACAUCGAAGUGUCGAACACAACGGUCGAAGAGCGGAAGCAGCACUCGAGGGUCACUGGUAAGCGUUUGCUUCUUUCACACUUUUUGAAGUUGUAGUUUAAGUUCAGUGUGAUGGUUUCUCCUCACCACUCUGACCCGAUUAGUGUGCCGCUUUUCGCAUGCUUUUUUGUUUCAGAUGCAGCCAGUAUCGUCGAGUCGCGAUUCCAACAGAAUCCGCCGAAAGCGCCACGUGGCGGAUCCCGAAGAUUCCUUCCAGAGCCACCAAUUUUUGUGACGUCACUGCCAUCAGUUGUCACUGUGAACGUCGACGAGAAACUCGUACUUUCGGUCGAUGUGCAAGCGAUUCCAGCAGCGGAGUUCGCUUGGCACGUCAAUGGAUUCGAGGUGAAGAAGAGCCAGAAUCUGGUGUUGCUCAAUGAGCACAACAAGUCAACACUGGUGCUCCAUCCGCCGGUGAAACAAGGAAAGUACAAGGUGACCGCCCGAAACGACGUCGGAAGCGAAUCAGUCACGACGCAAGUCAAACGAAUUGGGGAGCUCGAGGAGGGAGCACGAGGAUCCGAGCCGCCGGAUAUUGUCGAGUCUGCGGUUACUGUGACCUGUUCGCACGAGGACGACGUCGCUUCGCACUCAUCUCUUCAAACUGUCCGAAGAAUCCAGGAAAUGCAAGAAGACGAGGACAACGAUCCGAUCAAACCAUUCAUCGAAGCCACGAGCCCAAAAGUGAAAGAACCAGCGGAGCAUCCUUUCGCCAAUGUCUUGAACCCAAAGAAUCGCGAAGGACGUGUCUCCCCGGCCGGCAAGCGUUUGCCUUUCGCCCCGAGAAUCACCGCCCAUCCAUCUGAAUCAAUGUUCCGGAUACUCGACGGUUCGCCAUUGAAGCUCCGCGUCAUGGCAUCAGCUCUGCCGCCAGCCACCUUCCUCUGGAUGCUCAACAACUUCGAGUUGCGCUCAAAUCAAAACAUCACAAUCAGCAACUCGGAGGAGAACGUUUCGGAGAUCGAGUUCAGGAAAACGCCGAACGGAAACCUGACAGUCACAGCGAAGAAUCAUUUGGGAGAGGACCGCUGGACUGGGAAAGUGGUGCUUCAGUAUGAAAGUCCGGAGAGAACAACCCGCACAACGACAAUCGAAAAAAUCACGGAAUCGUUCACUUUGGAAGAAGCUAUCAUCACUCAAGUCGUCCCGACCGCCGCAGAUCCUGGCGACCGCAUUGUUAUCAUCGUGAGAUUCGACGAGAACAAAACGUCGGCUUGUCAAUUCAUCUGGAGCAUCAACGGAGUGAACGUGGAGCGACUCGAAGAGACCAUCGUUGCCGUCGAGUCCACAGAGUUUGAGUCCUCUUUGAUAGUCGAGAAAUUGGAAGAGCGCCUUUGUGGAGAAGUGGUGUGCGUUGUGAAAAACCAGCACGGCGAGGUGUUCUCCUCUUCUGCUCACCUCAGAAUCCGUGAGUCUUUCUUUCAUCUUUGGUUCUUACUCUAAACUCUAACACUUUUGAGUUUGAACUUGAAACUGAUAAUCUUUCAUUGGCUUCUCAAAUAUAUUCUUCUUUCCAGGCGAUGACGAUUCAUCGUUCGAGAUCGUUCCACCGGAUCUUCCAGAAGAGUGCGCCCCGAAGAUUGUCGAACCACUACACUCUGCCAGUUUCCUGGACGGUCAGCCGAUGUCCCUUCGCUGUAGAAUCACUGCAAACCCAUCUGCGGCAGUGGUCUGGUCCAAGGACGAUGUGAAUGUUGAGGACUGGGUCAUCAACAAAGACGUGACCGCUACAGUGCUGGACGGCGGACUUUGUGAGCUUCUCAAUCCGGAGUGCUUCUUUGAAGAUGCCGGACUAUACAAGUGCACAGCCACCAACCCCCAUGGAACUGCGGAAACUGCCGCUUUCAUCAAUGUGGAAGGAGCAGAGUAUAUGAAAGAUCGGGAAGAAGCGGAAAUUUCGGAGUCUGUGCUCACCGACGACAUCCAUGACGUUCAUAUCAUUCUCCCGCCCAAGUUCAUCGAGCUUCUCACAGCUGAGACUGACAACUUCGAGCAGUUGGGAUACGUGAGACUGGUGGCCACUGUUCAGUCGGUCGCCCCAAUUACGGUGACGUGGCAGAAAGACGGAGAGGACAUUUACGAGGACGAAAAGUUUGAAAUGCUUCAAUUCGCAGAUGGAGCACAGAUCUUGACAAUUCGCGAGCCGACGUCUAAGGAUUCAGGAGUGUACACUUGCACUGCCGAAUCGGAGCACGGAGUGAGCAAUAGCAGUUGUCAAGUGGAGCUCAAGAGCUCGGAGGCGUCAAGCUUCGAGGAAAUAGACAUGGCUCCGGCGGAAGAAGUCAAGGAAACCGGUAUUGACGACGAUAUUGAGGUGGUAUUGAAGGAGGAAGUUACGGGAACUGCGCAGAUUGAGAAACGGGAAGAGGAGUUCAAGUUACUGGUGAAGGUGGCCGAUCAGGUGGCAAGCACGCUCGUCGCGAAGGUGUUCCUGGAAGCGGUUCACGAGGCUGUCAAAAAGAUCGUCGAGAGUGAAGACGUGAGUUUUCAAAAGGAGGGAAGGUAGGCAAGAGUGUAUUCUUGCAGGAGGAAGAAGACAACCAAGUUGAACUCACACAGGAGCCCCGCUUCGAAACGAGCACGGAUGAGUACCAUGUCAAGGAAAAUGGUACCAUAAAAAUGAGCGCCACGAUCAGCGGUCACCCCACUCCAUUCCUCGAGUGGUUCUUCAAAGACCAGAAGAUUCAAGUGUCACAGUACGUUUUCAGCAGCUCGAUUCUUGAUAACCUGAAGAUCCUUGCAGAAAUGUCGCAAUGUCGUACGAGGCCGGAACCUCUGCAAUCAUUCUGAAGAAUGUGGCGAAACGACAAGAAGGAACAUACGUCCUGCACGCCAGAAAUUGCCACGGACAGACAUUACUUCCAAUGAAACUGACUGUGGAUCCUGUCGGUGAGCCUCGAAAUCCACGUUUUUGCCAUCUAACCUGGUUUUCAGAAGCCGUCACGCAUGUUCUGGAAGCAGAAGCGGAAGCAACCGCUCCUGUACCGAUACCGAAAGUCGUUGUGGUUUCUGAAGAAGAAGAAGAAGAAAAUCUUUUCGAAUUGGAAAAAGAACGUCAGCUUCGACAGGCCGCCGAGCAGGUCUCGGAGCAACUUGCUCAACUCUGGACUCAUGACGCUCAGACGGAAGCGGUAGAGAUUCAGAAAAGUCAUGCAACUCAAACAUUGCCAGAGGAAGAAGUGCAGCAUGUUGAAGUGAAGGAAAAAGUUACUCCAACUUCUGAGGCUCCAUCUUCCACUCCUCUGGAAACUCAGCAAGAACCGAAGAAGUCACCGCCAAGAACUGCUAGCCCGAUGAACUACGAGGAGAAGGUCAAGACAAUUGAAUCGAACCUGUUUCGAGUGAGCUCUCAAGAGCAGCUAGAGCCGAUCGAAGCCACCAAUAUGCUGUUGAACACCGCUUUGCAGCUAAAGGUAUGCGCUUAGGGUUACUGUAAUCAACAGAGACUGAAUUACUUGCAGAAUGACCAUUUUUGCGACGAAACGACAACUGUAGUUGUCACGCAACAACCGCAAAAGUUCGAUCAACUCGUUACCGUCGUGGAGUCCAACGUAGAGCACCACUCGCUCAGAUUGAGCACGACUUCCUCGGUGCCGUUGAAGUUCAUCGAUCUCGAGACGAUCAUUCAGAAGCCGAGCACGUCGUGUGAAAGCAUCGACAGAAUGUUUGUGGAGAAGUCGAGAAGAACAGCCAACGCGCAGCACAGAAUAGUGGUCCUUCAAGGAAUGUCUAACACUUUCCACAACGCCAUUACUUGGAGUUUGAAGAAAGUGAAGAAGCUUGUGGGAGACGCGGAGGCGAAGGCCUACGCGGACGUCGAAGUGGUGAAGCAAGACGAGACGAAUGAACAGGUCAUGACCAUCAUUGACAACGACACCAUUGUCCCGCAAGUCUUGCAAUUGGCCGCCGCCGCCAACAAGUUGAAGCUGGAGAAUGUCAGUGUCGCACUGGUCAGGGAUGGAGAUCACGCCCAUCAGGAGCUCGUCAUCGAGUACGAAAGCUCUAUCGAUGAGCCGAUGAUCGAGCCAAUGCAUAACACCUCCCAUCUGAUCUUCCAACAACAACAACCAGCCGGUCCCGAACAACAUGUCUGGUCGAGAAGAUCCAAGUACGACGAAGAGGAAGCGCACGUGGUUGCCGUGUUCGUCGAGGUUGACGCCAAUUGUCCCGACCAAAGCGUCGAGAUUGUGGCGACCGUCAACGCCGCCUACGAAGGAGACGGUCUUCGGGAAAAGGUGACCGACGAGCCGCUGACCGAAGUGAGCCAGUCGCUGGCGACCGAGUCCAGUGCAGCACCGCAAGGCCCCAAGUUCCUGAGGAAGUUGGUGAACUGCUUCGGAAGGAUCGGAGAUCCCAUACAAUUGAAGUGUCUAGUGGCCGGAAUGCCGCAGCCGGAAAUUGAAUGGACUGUGGACGGCGAUCCGAUUGUGCCCAAUGAGUGAGUUUGAAGAAUCGCAUAGAAAUCACGUGAACUUGAAAUGAAAUGAUAGUUCAAUUGUUCACUUGCUUGAAAUUAAGGCAGUUGACUUUCGAUCUUUUGACAGCGUGUUCAACGUGAACAGAAAUUAAAUGAAUAAAAACCAUUCUUUAGUGAGUACGAUAUUGUGUACGAGGACGGCGUCUGCAUCCUCCGCAUCGAAUCGACGCUCAUCGAGGACGAGGGAGAGUACUGUUGCACGGCGAGCAACGUGGCCGGCACCGCAUUCAGCAAGUGCUAUCUCAAAUUGUCAGGUUAGUUCUCAAGUCCAAAAAUCGCAUUCACAUUCAUAUGUACACGUUAGCCCUACGCUCCGGCUGCAAGUGAUCUUUAUUCGUAGAGCGCACUUCCAUUUCGGGUAUCGUAGGGAUAACACUCCCAUUGCACACACACACACACACACACACACAUUCGGAGACUUUUUAUUCUUUUGUGUUUUGGGUGAGUAAGAUAACCAACAAAAUGAGGCGCAAUCGAUAUCGUUCCCAAUAUAUUAGCAUCAUGAUCAAGAAAAGUUCUCUCUUCUGCUUUUAUCAUUUCUUCUUCCUCUUCUUCUCUAUGCAACCCAAACUUUCUAACCACUCUCUCCUUCUAUUCCUACGUUGGCGGCCGCUACGAGUGCACUUCGUUUUGGUCUUGCUCGCCCCUAAACCAGGGCUCAACUUCUUUCCGAAUCUGUCCGCUUGCUCCCUUCCCGGAGUGUGCUCGUGGUGGUGGCCGUGCAUGUACAUGUGCGUGUGCGUGUGUGUGCUUCUUGCAUGAUUUUGAUAUUCAGAAGUCGAAGACGAUGCCGUUGAUCUUCUGAGGCAACUCUCGGAGAUCAAAGUUCUGGAUCCGACCGCUUCAACCGGAUAUCCGAUGAGCCAACUGUCAGAGACCGACGAGGAGAACACGAGCAGACUGAUAUCGAACGUUCUGCUCACCGACAGAGAACUCCCCGUCACGGCCACCUUCAACGACGAUCUUUCCCGCACAGAAUCCUUCCGGAGAUUCUACGAAUCAGCGGAGACCACUGUCAAAGUCACGGAGCUGUUCCAAGGCGAAGCGGCCGAUGCUCAAUUCCCAGAACCCGAGAAACCGGCGCCAGUCUCCACGAGCACUACAGAUGUGAUGUUCUGUAACCAGAAAGUGGACGUGAUGGAAUCGACGGCAUCCACAGUUGGUAACGUGCGUCUCUCCAUCUCCAGCUCUACCAACUCCUGGGACUACAUGCUCCAGGACCCGUUCCCGGAAAGCCAGGAAGUUCAAGUGAACGAAAGUGAACUCUACGAGCCGAGAGUUCCGUUGCUUCCACAGAAGUUGUCCUACAAAGGUCAAGAGAUUUUCGCGAACACCGUCGAGAGAAACAAUAAAAUGAACGGCGAGGUGGAGAAUUUGAAGAAGUGCGUCGAGACUUUGCUGCUUUUCGAUGCAGAAAUGGAUAUGAAGCAGAUGAAGCAGGCGAAGGAAGAAUGUUCGAAGAAGGACAAGACAACGGAGCAGAUUGUGAAGGAAGUGGAGAGGGACCUGGAGGAGAUGGAUCGAUCGAGCAGCAGUCCGAGCAAGAAGGCAUUUGAGCCCAAGGAAUUGGAGGACAUUGAGAACGCCAUCUUCAGUAUUUCGGAUCAACUUGCUGAAAAGGAAGCAAGCGAGGAGGCUCUCCGGGAAGCCCUUCAGGACAUGAUUCUGAACAGAACCAGUCCGCUCAAAGACGCCCGACCGGAUCAGAAGAUGGAGAAAUCGGAGAUACAGACGUCGAAAAUCGAAGUUCAAGAGGCCGAAGUUCACCCUAUUGUAAAGCUGAAACAAGCGAUUUCAGCCAUCGAGAACAGUCUUCUGGAGGACAAUGAGAUUACGGAAAUCAUGAAGCGCAAAGGAAACGAGAAGGAUAAACGUAAGGCGACCCGAAUCAAGCGAGUCCCGAGUGCUCACUCCGCGCGUAUCACUCCGAUUACCACCAACAUUCGGGACCGGCUCAAUCAACUCCACCAGCUCACAGUGUCCGAAGACUCCACAUCGAAGAAUAAGGAAGCCGAAGAAAUCCGAGAACUUUUCGUUAGAAUCGAAAAGGAGAUCAACACGAUCGCGGGGCUUUGCAAGGAAAAGAUGACAAAGCAGGGAGCCGAAACGGUCACUCACGUACUCAAUUCGGUUCUUCAACACGUGGCAAGUAUCAUCAACGUCAUCAGAGUCGCCCAGGAUCUUCAGCCGAUCGAGGUGCACUCCACGAACACCGAGGAGGUCACAGUGUGGUACAGCUUCGAUGUGCAUCCAGAAUCAGAGGAUAUAAUUGGAAUUGUGGACGAGGAGCCGACGAAUAGAAGACCGGCAUCCACUCCUAGAAGCUCGACCAGAAGUAGUAACCAGCUGACAGCGUCUCAAGAAUCUCAGGAUACCAGCAAGAUGACCGCUUCUUCCGAUGAUACGAUAGCUGCUCCUGUGUCUGACCCUGCUCCGAUUGCGCCUCCCAGAAAAGGAAGAUCACUUUCCAGAGACGCGGAGAGAAUUCUGGAUCUUCAGGAAGCACCAGUUCCUCCGCCAAGAAGAUCUCGAGGUUCCGAGCUUUCUCCGGAACCAGUGGCUCCUCCGAGAAACAGAAGCAAGAGCCCCAAGUCUCCUGAAACUCCAGUUCGUCCGCCGAGAAGCAGAAGCCGUCCAUCUGGAGACGAACUCUCUCCAGAGCCAAGACCAGUGAGACCUCCGAGGAGCAAAAGCAAGAAUGCAGAAGUGCCGACGAUUUUCGUCGACAGUCUCGAGGAAUCUCAAUCGUCUUGCAUUCACAUUCAAAAGACCAACUUUGCGUUCACCAACUCCGCGCAUGAGUCUGAAGGAGCUUCUGUUAUUGUUGAUCUUAGAAACAACGCCCAACUGGACUGCAAUGUGCAGACUCUGGACGACUUGGCAUCAAUUCAAAUGCUUUGCGAGGAAUCUGACUACACCUCCGACACCGACCGAUCUCUUCUGCUCGCCGGUACUGUUCGUUACUUUAACCGUGCCAGUCCUUCUCUUCACGAAAUUUCGCCGUUCCGUCAGAACUUGGAAAUCAUAUCUGUUGAUCUCAGAUCACAGCGGUCUGAUCAAGACGUCGAAAACGUAGAGGACGUGUAUGUAAAUGUGGAGCUCCAUUCGGUGCCUUCCCUCUCUUCGCUGGUGGCAGCGAAUCCGUACAUGGCCGCAUCGGAGAGAUCCUCAAUGAGAGCGGCUGACGAAGAUGAGGAAGUGACGGCUGAUCUGUCAUUUGUCGGCAAAUCCAUAAUAUCGACGGAGACGUUAGACGUGGUGCUCGAAGAGAAGGACAUGAGCAUGAUGAACGGAUCUACUAGCUUGCCGUUCGAUGAUCGCGCGUUUUCCUCGAAUACCAUUCGGGAGACUGACAUUCUGAGUGAUGAGUCUAUCACCCAGGACUCGUAUCCAAAAAGCCCGGAGCCGCAGAAGUCACUGGAGCUGCCGCUGGAGCCAGAAACGAAAGUUCCAAUACCUCGAGUGGAAGUGGAGCCCGUCGAAGUCACAGAAAACUUCUCAUUAACCCAUAAGCCUGCUCGUCGUCGUGUGACUGGAAUUGUUAUGAACUCGCUGACCUACACCAUCUCCGCCAACAUCGCCGAGGACAACACGUUCGACGUGGACGUCGUUCAAGAGCCACAACGCUACAACAUCUCCAUCAAAGUCAUCGAGGACAUUGUCGACUUCACAUCGCUCACCAUCAUGUCGGACUGCGAAGACGACUUGCCAGAGGAGGUCUACAUGCACAUUCCCCAGGACACCACCAAACUGCACGCGCUUUCCUACGAUGACAUCAGUGUGGCAACCACCCGAACCGGCAUCACCGUUUCAAUUGUCGCUCGAAGCCUCAACGACGGCAUCUACGCGUCGCUCGAGGAAAUCGCGUGGGGAGAGGUGGAAAUGACGGUGCCGGAUGUGAUGCAGAUGAGCGCGGAGGAGAAGAGUUCGGUGCAGUUCAAUGUGACCGUUUCGGAAACGAAUCUGGAAGAGGCCAAGUCUCUAAAGUCCCAAGUGUCCUUUAGAAGCUCGCAAAACUCGGUCUCCGAGAUUGAGAACACUUUGAGCUCAACCGGAACUAUUAGUAUCCCGAGUUACGUCGUCAAAUUGGAAUCCACGGCCACUAUCACCUGCGAGCUGAAUAACUAUCUCCCGAAGAACUGCACGAUUGAUUGGUAUUGUGGAAAGACGAAGAUUGUCAUCGACAACGAGCAAUUCGAUCGGAUCAGUCACGAUCUUCUGGAAGUGCUCAUCAUUCGAAGUGUGGAGCUCGUCAACGGAAACCUGUACAGUCUGAAGAUCAACGACGAUCUCUUCCCAGUUGCCUAUCUCAUCGUCGAGAAUACUUUAUUGACUACCUCAGCCAACAUUCUAACUCGUCCGGAAACUCAGUUUGUGAUGGAGGGACAGCCAACUAUUCUGACUGUGGAAGUGGAUGAGCCAAGUGUGAUUGUGAAUUGGCUCAAAGACAGAAGACCGCUACAUGAGAGCGAACGGAUUCGGCUGGAGACUGACGGACAGGGGAGUCAUCGGGUGGUGAUUCUGAACACUUGCAUCGGAGAUCAAGGAACUUACCUGGCACUGACCUCAUCGCAAAGUGUCGCCAUUACUCUGGUCGUAGAAGGUAAUAACAUUUCCCCUUUACUAACUUCAAAAAUUGCCUUGUUUUCCAGAGCGAAUCGACGAGAAAGAGGUCACUGUGAUCGCAUCAGGGACCGAAAGCGAAGACGACGACGUGCAGGAGUACCUUGUUCCGCCGGGUAGCACAGCCACAAUUGCCUGUGAGCUCGAAGACUGCGAGCAGAAACGUUCGAUCCGUUGGCUGCGAGACGGAAAGGACAUACGAUUCGAGCCCGGCAAGACGGAGCACGUGCAGAACGGACUCAAGCACUAUCUUGUGGUGCACGACGCCACGAGCCUCGACAGCGGGCUCUACAGUGUGUGCAUUUCGAAUGUCGAGUUCCGCGUGGCUCAUUUGUGUGUGAAUAGUGUGACGUCUACUUUGCAUGCGCUUAAGAGAAAGCGUAUUUCGAACAAUUCGCUGCAUAACUAACUUAUUCUGUAUUCCUCUCUUUCGUUGAUUGAUCUUCUCUCCUUUUCCGUUCUUCUUCCAGGUAGGGUUGCAGAACAGGCGCCUGUUUUCCAACCCAACUUCCAGGGAACUUUUCGAAAUCAUGACUUUCAUUCGAAUUGCGUUUAUCAUUAUUAUGAACUCUGCGAAUAAAUAAAUCUGAAUGUUUGUGAAAAAUGGGUUGUCCAAUGAAUAAAAUAGAGUAAAAAGUCGAUAAAACUUGGGUAUUCAGCGACAGAACAAUCGGAGGAACAAUGCGAGGAAACCGUCAUUCCACUCGGAGUGGUCGCCACGAUUCAGUGCCAAACAUCUGAAUCGCAAACGGCAAUUCAAUGGUGCAAGGUAUUAAAAUAACGGAAAAGAAGUCUGCUUGAACAAAUGAGCAUUUGGUAAAGAUAGAAAAAGUCAUCGACUAGUUUUUGUCAACUGAAAAAUUAGGAAGAUCUGUCGCUCAAGUUCUUCAUUGUAUGACUGAAACUUAAACUGUUGACAAAGCUCCUGUUGGGUGGUGAACUCAGUGGCCAGGCAGAGAGACUACUCGUUGGACAAUCAGAUCCUUUCACUGUGUUUAGACGAAUACCAAUGGUCACCAACAUACUGUAAACAUUGUAUUAGAAGGGUAUGCCCAAUAGACUGAAAACUGCAAAACUACAGCUCACUUUUCUGGGUGCCAGGGCUGGCCAGUGGGUGCUCUUCUAAUACAGUAUUUACGGUAGCUUAGCAUAAAAACACGCCUAGAGUACUACUUGCACGUUUAAUUCUAGGACGGAACCACCAUCCCCUCGGACAUCUCCCGCUUCGAGUUCCGUUCGCUGGACAACAAUCAAAGCCACGAACUAGUUAUUUCCAACGUUUCUUGGUCCGACGCCGGAGUUUAUUCGGUUGUGAUCAACGGAAAGAACUCGUUUGUCUCGAAGAUUGUUGUAGUUGGUAGGGAGCCUCAAAGCAGUCCGACUUUUAAUUACUCUCGUUCAGAAGGGGAACUGAUCACUCAGGCGGUUGAAGAGGAAGUAGAGCCGGAAGUGGACGUGUCCCUUCAUGUGGCAGAAUCGGAGAAUGCCGUAGAGUUGAAUGUUCCGCAGUCGCCACGACUCGAUGCAUCGCACGAGAGCAUGAUUCCAUCUGCAGAGCCACAGGAAGCAGCGCCUGUGACUCCAAACGCUCAAGAAAUUGCCGAGUCUAGAAUAUCAGAAGAAUCGAAUGAGUUUGAGAUUGUGGAGAAGCCGACAGAGGAAGCAGCGACUCUGGAGGAAUCUCCAGAACUCAUUGAGGCACCAGUGGAAGCUACGCAGGAAGCAGCGCCUGUGGAGCAACCAACUGAGCAAGUUAGGGAUGAUCAAGCACCGGAAAGCAAGACUUUUGAGAGAGCAGCACUUCAGAGUCUUGUAGAAAACUUUGCUCCAGAAGAUGCAGCACUUUUGGAACAGCCAACUGAACCAGUUCAAAAAGAGCAAGCAGAAGCACCGGAAGCCAAGACUCAUGAAGAAGCAGCACUUCAGAGUCGUUUGGAAGACGUGCCAAAGAUCGUUGUUCCAGAAGAUGCAGCACUUUUGGAACAGCCAACUGAACCAGUUCAAGAAGAGCAAGCAGAAGCACCGGAAGCCAAGACUCUUGAAGAAGCAGCACUUCAGAGUCGUUUGGAAGACGUGCCAAAGAUCGUUGUUCCAGAAGAUGCAGCACUUUUGGAACAGCCAACUGAAUCAAUUCAAGAAGAUCAAAAAGCUCCAACCCAACUUGAAGAACCACUACCAGAAGUACCUCAAGACAUUCAGACUACCGAUGACGCAGCAAUUCGGGGUAUGGAAUCGGAGCAAAUUGUUGAGCCCGCAGCAGUUCAACUGAAUGCUCCGCCACAAACUCCGUUGGAAGACGUUGCUUCUGAAAUUGCUCAUCUCGUUGUAGAUGAAGCAGUCUUAGAAGCCAUCAAGCCAAAAAAAGAGCUUGUGGGAGAGAAGGAGAAGCUACAAGAUCAGGAAGAACACGUUCGCAGCGUUAGUGUCGACCUGACUUUCAGCCGAGAAUCCGAAGGAAUCGUAUCCGACGUCAUCGUAGCGGAAGUUGGAUAUGAUGAAGAUGGUUAGUGCAAGUAAUACAUUAUGAAUAAACUGAUUCCGUUCCAGAGUGCUCAACCAUCGCCGACACCAUCACCUCUCUCUCCUCAAGCCCGCUCUACACUGCCCCAGUGUUCACCUCCAAACUUCCUCUGUCUGCGUGCUUCUCGCAUGACAAACUUGUUCUUGAGGUCAUGUUCACCGGAGUUCCACAACCAAAGAUCACCUGGCUGCUCGAUGGCUAUGAACUCAUUUCUGACAAGUUUGUCUCUGAUUCAAAAGUCCUCUUUUGACUGUCUAUUUUCAGUGAACGCAUAGCGAUCAAAUGCGAAAACGGAGUGAGCACUAUCAAGUUCUUCAACGUGGAUCACAACGCCGGCGGCACUCUUCUCUGCAGAGCCCUCAACUCGGCCGGUCAAGUGGAGACCGUCUGCGAAAUCAUUGCAGCCGACGAGAUGUCGAACUUCAGCGAAUCCUCGAUGACCUCAACCACGCGCCCACACUUUGUGGUUCCUCUCCCGGAGCAUCUGAUUCACACUGUCAAUGAUCAUAUCACCAUCAAAUGCAAGUUUGCCGGGCAGCCUCUGCCCGCUGCCAUGUGGGAGAAGGACGGUGUGCUCUUGGAUUUACAGUGAGUUGUUUUCUUGCUUUCGAUAAUUCACACGUUCGUUGCAGAAAAUACCAAGUGACCACCGAAGACGGAAUCAGUAUUCUGAAGAUUGAGAACGCUUCUCUGGACGAUAAGGCCACUUACACGUGUACAAUUGCCAACGAAGCGGGAUGUGAGUCUACGAGCUGCAAGAUCGACGUUGUCGACGAUCAUCUGGAGAUGGAGCGGACCGGAAUCCACGUGCUUUGUGAGAGAGAUCAGAACGACGUGGAACUGGACAUUCUCGUGCAAUCGCCCAACCAUCUGGGCGUCACAUUCAGUUUUCCGCCGGUCAACAAGACGCUCGCACGUCAGCCACCGUACUUCCUGUUGCCACUUUCCGAUAAGAUUGUGGCGGAGGAGAAGUGCACAUUGAAGUGUGUCGUGAUGGGAAUUCCGUUGGUGAUUAUAAAGUGGAAGAUUGACGGCGAAGUGGUGAAGGAUGACGAGUGAGUUCUAAGGUGAACUGAGUAAACUGACUGAAGCUUCAGAGAUCAUGAAAUCCACUUCGAAGACGGUAUCGCCCUUCUUCGCAUUAAGAACUUCAAAAGUCUGAAAGCGAGAGUCGAGUGUGAAGCGACGAAUUGCAAGGGAAUUGUAACCACGAGCUGUGUUCUCUCAAGAGGGACAGUGGACGAGAGCGAGGCCGGCGAUCUUCAAAAGCCAUUUUUUGUGCUCCCUCUGAAGGUUUGCAGCUAAAAUUCAGAAGAUGAAGUGAACUUUCACCUUAAGGACGUCUUCACCACUCACGACCGCGCCACCCUGAAAUGCAUCGUUGUGGGAACACCACUUCCAGAUGUCACGUGCACUUUCAACGGAGUUCCAGAUGAAUCCAAGUAAGUUUCUGACUAUUCCAACAGUUCAAUUCACUCACUCUUUUCAGAUGUCGUACCGAAGACGGUGUGGCCCUCAUCGAUGUCACUGACAUUACCGAAGAUGGAAUCGUCGUCGAAUGCACAGUUACUAAUGUUUCGGGCGUCGUAUCCUCCAAAUGCGUCGUCAGGAGAGUGAAAAAUAGCCAGCGCAACCAACAAGGACCUGUUUUCGUGUUGAACCAAGCCAGUGCAGUGUCGGAAGACCGAGAAAUGUCGCUGAAAGUUGGAGUGAUCGCCUCUCCGGAGCCCACUCUUUUCUGGCAGCACAACGGAGAAGAAGUGCGAGAUGAGGGAGAUUAUCAUCUGAUUUUUGAGGAUGGUAUUGGAAUUCUGAAAGUUUUUAAUGUGCAAGAUGGAUCUCAUGAAUUCACGUGUGUGGCUGAGAACAAGCAUGGAAAAACCGAAGUGCGCAUUCCAGUGGAGAUCGGACCCAAGAAAGAAGCUGGGGAGAAUUUGACAUUUGUGAAAGCUUUGAAUGUGAGUUUUGGUUACAAAUUGAUUGAAAAAGAACCGAAUCAUUUGCAGAACACUACGAUCGUCGAUGAGCUUGUACAAUUGAAAAUUGUAGUUGAGGGAAAAGGACAGUUGCAUUUCAAAUGGCUCGACGAUAAAAACGUUGUGGAAAAUGACAGGUUGGGCGGAAUGACGGUUUCAGUCAAACUAAGAAAGCAAUUCAGUAACCACCAAAUCACAAGUGACGAAUGCGUUUCCACACUGCAGCUCCGGAUGGUCGAGAUCGGAUCUCGAGGUAUCGAAUGCGAAGUCAGCAACGGAGCAUCAACCAUUUGGACAGAGUGCAUUGUAACCAGAAUACACAACACUAUGUCGGACAUCGUACUCACUGACUCAACGUAGGAGACCACUUAUCAUCACACUUCCAACAAUCUCAUCAAAUUUCAGUAGCCAAAACUUCAUGGCAGUCGGUCAAAAACCUGUGGAUGGAGCACGGAACACCGUUCUGAAAGCAGUCGUGAUAUCUCAAGAAGAGGCGAAUACUGUCUGUGAAAUGAACGGCAAACCAAUGUAAGCAAACCAAUGUUGAAAUGAAAAAAACAUUAGAAUUGUAGGCCUCAAGACUUCUUCGUUGAAAACUCGAUUUCUAUGGACUUGGGUCAACUUACAAAAACAGAAAAAGACUUAACAUUCCGGGUUUGGAAUAAAAUAGGUGCAACUUCUGAAACAAGGACAGUCACUUUCACUCCUGAAGAACUCGACGGAGAAGAAGAGAAUUACGACAUGAAUUACUCGUUGAGACUGGACAAUCAGAAGGCGUACACCGUGUAUGUCGUGAGCAACAUCGCUCCGGUUGAAGCAGUGAAAGUUGAGGAGAAGCAAGCCGAAGUUCCAGCGGAGACCGCUCCGGUUGAAGCAGUGAAAGUUGAGGAGAAGCAAGCCGAAGUUCCAGCGGAGACCGCUCCGGUUGAAGCAGUGAAAGUGGAGGAGAAGCAAGCCGAAGUUCCAGCGGAGACCGCUCCGGUUGAAGCAGUGAAUGUUGAGGAGAAGCAAGCCGAAGUUCCAGCGGAGACCGCUCCGGUUGAAGCAGUGAAAGUGGAGGAGAAGCAAGCCGAAGUUCCAGCGGAGACCGCUCCGGUUGAAGCAGUGAAAGUUGAGGAGAAGCAAGCCGAAGUUCCAGUGGAGACCGCUCCGGUUGAAGCAGUGAAUGUUGAGGAGAAGCAAGCCGAAGUUCCAGCGGAGACCGCUCCGGUUGAAGCAGUGAAAGUUGAGGAGAAGCAAGCCGAAGUUCCAGCGGAGACCGCUCCGGUUGAAGCAGUGAAUGUUGAGGAGAAGCAAGCCGAAGUUCCAGCGGAGACCGCUCCGGUUGAAGCAGUGAAUGUUGAGGAGAAGCAAGCCGAAGUUCCAGCGGAGACCGCUCCGGUUGAAGCAGUGAAAGUUGAGGAGAAGCAAGCCGAAGUUCCAGUGGAGACCGCUCCGGUUGAAGCAGUGAAAGUUGAGGAGAAGCAAGCCGAAGUUCCAGCGGAGACCGCUCCGGUUGAAGCAGUGAAAGUUGAGGAGAAGCAAGCCGAAGUUCCAGCGGAGACCGCUCCGGUUGAAGCAGUGAAAGUGGAGGAGAAGCAAGCCGAAGUUCCAGCGGAGACCGCUCCGGUUGAAGCAGUGAAAGUUGAGGAGAAGCAAGCCGAAGUUCCAGCGGAGACCGCUCCGGUUGAAGCAGUGAAAGUUGAGGAGAAGCAAGCCGAAGUUCCAGCGGAGACCGCUCCGGUUGAAGCAGUGAAAGUGGAGGAGAAGCAAGCCGAAGUUCCAGCGGAGACCGCUCCGGUUGAAGCAGUCAAUGUUGAGGAGAAGCAAGCCGAAGUUCCAGCGGAGACCGCUCCGGUUGAAGCAGUCAAUGUUGAGGAGAAGCAAGCCGAAGUUCCAGCGGAGACCGCUCCGGUUGAAGCAGUGAAAGUUGAGGAGAAGCAAGCCGAAGUUCCAGCGGAGACCGCUCCGGUUGAAGCAGUGAAAGUUGAGGAGAAGCAAGCCGAAGUUCCAGCGGAGACCGCUCCGGUUGAAGCAGUGAAUGUUGAGGAGAAGCAAGCCGAAGUUCCAGCGGAGACCGCUCCGGUUGAAGCAGUGAAAUGUUGAGGAGAAGCAAGCCGAAGUUCCAGCGGAGACCGCUCCGGUUGAAGCAGUGAAAGUUGAGGAGAAGCAAGCCGAAGUUCCAGCGGAGACCGCUCCGGUUGAAGCAGUGAAAGUUGAGGAGAAGCAAGCCGAAGUUCCAGCGGAGACCGCUCCGGUUGAAGCAGUGAAAGUUGAGGAGAAGCAAGCCGAAGUUCCAGCGGAGACCGCUCCGGUUGAAGCAGUGAAAUGUUGAGGAGAAGCAAGCCGAAGUUCCAGCGGAGACCGCUCCGGUUGAAGCAGUGAAAGUUGAGGAGAAGCAAGCCGAAGUUCCAGCGGAGACCGCUCCGGUUGAAGCAGUGAAAGUUGAGGAGAAGCAAGCCGAAGUUCCAGCGGAGACCGCUCCGGUUGAAGCAGUGAAAGUUGAGGAGAAGCAAGCCGAAGUUCCAGCGGAGACCGCUCCGGUUGAAGCAGUGAAAGUUGAGGAGAAGCAAGCCGAAGUUCCAGCGGAGACCGCUCCGGUUGAAGCAGUGAAAGUUGAGGAGAAGCAAGCCGAAGUUCCAGCGGAGACCGCUCCGGUUGAAGCAGUGAAAGUUGAGGAGAAGCAAGCCGAAGUUCCAGCGGAGACCGCUCCGGUUGAAGCAGUGAAAGUUGAGGAGAAGCAAGCCGAAGUUCCAGCGGAGACCGCUCCGGUUGAAGCAGUGAAAGUUGAGGAGAAGCAAGCCGAAGUUCCAGCGGAGACCGCUCCGGUUGAAGCAGUGAAAGUUGAGGAGAAGCAAGCCGAAGUUCCAGCGGAGACCGCUCCGGUUGAAGCAGUGAAAUGUUGAGGAGAAGCAAGCCGAAGUUCCAGCGGAGACCGCUCCGGUUGAAGCAGUGAAAGUUGAGGAGAAGCAAGCCGAAGUUCCAGCGGAGACCGCUCCGGUUGAAGCAGUGAAAGUUGAGGAGAAGCAAGCCGAAGUUCCAGCGGAGACCGCUCCGGUUGAAGCAGUGAAAGUUGAGGAGAAGCAAGCCGAAGUUCCAGCGGAGACCGCUCCGGUUGAAGCAGUGAAAGUUGAGGAGAAGCAAGCCGAAGUUCCAGCGGAGACCGCUCCGGUUGAAGCAGUGAAAGUUGAGGAGAAGCAAGCCGAAGUUCCAGCGGAGACCGCUCCGGUUGAAGCAGUGAAAGUUGAGGAGAAGCAAGCCGAAGUUCCAGCGGAGACCGCUCCGGUUGAAGCAGUGAAAGUUGAGGAGAAGCAAGCCGAAGUUCCAGCGGAGACCGCUCCGGUUGAAGCAGUGAAAGUUGAGGAGAAGCAAGCCGAAGUUCCAGCGGAGACCGCUCCGGUUGAAGCAGUGAAAGUUGAGGAGAAGCAAGCCGAAGUUCCAGCGGAGACCGCUCCGGUUGAAGCAGUGAAAGUUGAGGAGAAGCAAGCCGAAGUUCCAGCGGAGACCGCUCCGGUUGAAGCAGUGAAAGUUGAGGAGAAGCAAGCCGAAGUUCCAGCGGAGACCGCUCCGGUUGAAGCAGUGAAAGUUGAGGAGAAGCAAGCCGAAGUUCCAGCGGAGACCGCUCCGGUUGAAGCAGUGAAAGUUGAGGAGAAGCAAGCCGAAGUUCCAGCGGAGACCGCUCCGGUUGAAGCAGUGAAAGUUGAGGAGAAGCAAGCCGAAGUUCCAGCGGAGACCGCUCCGGUUGAAGCAGUGAAAGUUGAGGAGAAGCAAGCCGAAGUUCCAGCGGAGACCGCUCCGGUUGAAGCAGUGAAAGUUGAGGAGAAGCAAGCCGAAGUUCCAGCGGAGACCGCUCCGGUUGAAGCAGUGAAAGUUGAGGAGAAGCAAGCCGAAGUUCCAGCGGAGACCGCUCCGGUUGAAGCAGUGAAAGUUGAGGAGAAGCAAGCCGAAGUUCCAGCGGAGACCGCUCCGGUUGAAGCAGUGAAAGUUGAGGAGAAGCAAGCCGAAGUUCCAGCGGAGACCGCUCCGGUUGAAGCAGUGAAAGUUGAGGAGAAGCAAGCCGAAGUUCCAGCGGAGACCGCUCCGGUUGAAGCAGUGAAAGUUGAGGAGAAGCAAGCCGAAGUUCCAGCGGAGACCGCUCCGGUUGAAGCAGUGAAAGUUGAGGAGAAGCAAGCCGAAGUUCCAGCGGAGACCGCUCCGGUUGAAGCAGUGAAAGUUGAGGAGAAGCAAGCCGAAGUUCCAGCGGAGACCGCUCCGGUUGAAGCAGUGAAAGUUGAGGAGAAGCAAGCCGAAGUUCCAGCGGAGACCGCUCCGGUUGAAGCAGUGAAAGUUGAGGAGAAGCAAGCCGAAGUUCCAGCGGAGACCGCUCCGGUUGAAGCAGUGAAAGUUGAGGAGAAGCAAGCCGAAGUUCCAGCGGAGACCGCUCCGGUUGAAGCAGUGAAAGUUGAGGAGAAGCAAGCCGAAGUUCCAGCGGAGACCGCUCCGGUUGAAGCAGUGAAAGUUGAGGAGAAGCAAGCCGAAGUUCCAGCGGAGACCGCUCCGGUUGAAGCAGUGAAAGUUGAGGAGAAGCAAGCCGAAGUUCCAGCGGAGACCGCUCCGGUUGAAGCAGUGAAAGUUGAGGAGAAGCAAGCCGAAGUUCCAGCGGAGACCGCUCCGGUUGAAGCAGUGAAAGUUGAGGAGAAGCAAGCCGAAGUUCCAGCGGAGACCGCUCCGGUUGAAGCAGUGAAAGUUGAGGAGAAGCAAGCCGAAGUUCCAGCGGAGACCGCUCCGGUUGAAGCAGUGAAAGUUGAGGAGAAGCAAGCCGAAGUUCCAGCGGAGACCGCUCCGGUUGAAGCAGUGAAAGUUGAGGAGAAGCAAGCCGAAGUUCCAGCGGAGACCGCUCCGGUUGAAGCAGUGAAAGUUGAGGAGAAGCAAGCCGAAGUUCCAGCGGAGACCGCUCCGGUUGAAGCAGUGAAAGUUGAGGAGAAGCAAGCCGAAGUUCCAGCGGAGACCGCUCCGGUUGAAGCAGUGAAAGUUGAGGAGAAGCAAGCCGAAGUUCCAGCGGAGACCGCUCCGGUUGAAGCAGUGAAAGUUGAGGAGAAGCAAGCCGAAGUUCCAGCGGAGACCGCUCCGGUUGAAGCAGUGAAAGUUGAGGAGAAGCAAGCCGAAGUUCCAGCGGAGACCGCUCCGGUUGAAGCAGUGAAAGUUGAGGAGAAGCAAGCCGAAGUUCCAGCGGAGACCGCUCCGGUUGAAGCAGUGAAAGUUGAGGAGAAGCAAGCCGAAGUUCCAGCGGAGACCGCUCCGGUUGAAGCAGUGAAAGUUGAGGAGAAGCAAGCCGAAGUUCCAGCGGAGACCGCUCCGGUUGAAGCAGUGAAAGUUGAGGAGAAGCAAGCCGAAGUUCCAGCGGAGACCGCUCCGGUUGAAGCAGUGAAAGUUGAGGAGAAGCAAGCCGAAGUUCCAGCGGAGACCGCUCCGGUUGAAGCAGUGAAAGUUGAGGAGAAGCAAGCCGAAGUUCCAGCGGAGACCGCUCCGGUUGAAGCAGUGAAAGUUGAGGAGAAGCAAGCCGAAGUUCCAGCGGAGACCGCUCCGGUUGAAGCAGUGAAAGUUGAGGAGAAGCAAGCCGAAGUUCCAGCGGAGACCGCUCCGGUUGAAGCAGUGAAAGUUGAGGAGAAGCAAGCCGAAGUUCCAGCGGAGACCGCUCCGGUUGAAGCAGUGAAAGUUGAGGAGAAGCAAGCCGAAGUUCCAGCGGAGACCGCUCCGGUUGAAGCAGUGAAAGUUGAGGAGAAGCAAGCCGAAGUUCCAGCGGAGACCGCUCCGGUUGAAGCAGUGAAAGUUGAGGAGAAGCAAGCCGAAGUUCCAGCGGAGACCGCUCCGGUUGAAGCAGUGAAAGUUGAGGAGAAGCAAGCCGAAGUUCCAGCGGAGACCGCUCCGGUUGAAGCAGUGAAAGUUGAGGAGAAGCAAGCCGAAGUUCCAGCGGAGACCGCUCCGGUUGAAGCAGUGAAAGUUGAGGAGAAGCAAGCCGAAGUUCCAGCGGAGACCGCUCCGGUUGAAGCAGUGAAAGUUGAGGAGAAGCAAGCCGAAGUUCCAGCGGAGACCGCUCCGGUUGAAGCAGUGAAAGUUGAGGAGAAGCAAGCCGAAGUUCCAGCGGAGACCGCUCCGGUUGAAGCAGUGAAAGUUGAGGAGAAGCAAGCCGAAGUUCCAGCGGAGACCGAAAUCGGGGAAGUGAAACUCACCGAGGAAAAACUUCCAACAGACGUCGAAGUUGAUCUUUUCUUCUCUCAGGCAGAGAUUUUGUCUGGUCUGGAACUUGACUUGUUGAUGGAAAGCUUCGAGUUCAUCGAGAUGACUGUCUCAAAAUCACAAAUUGUUGUUGAGGCAACCUCAGCGGAAGUUCCAGCGGAGACCGCUCCGGUUGAAGCAGUGAAAGUUGAGGAGAAGCAAGCCGAAGUUCCAGCGGAGACCGCUCCGGUUGAAGCAGUGAAAGUUGAGGAGAAGCAAGCCGAAGUUCCAGCGGAGACCGAAGUCGUGGAAGUGAAACUCACCGAGAAAAAACUCAAAACAGACGUCGAAGUUGAUCUUUUCUUCUCUCAGGCAGAGAUUUUGUCUGGUCUGGAACUUGACUUGUUGAUGGAAUGCUUCGAGUUCAUCGAGAUGACUGUUUCAAAAUCACAAAUUGUUGUUGAGGCAACCUCAGCCGAAGUUGAAGCGGAGACCGCUCCGGUUGAAGCAGUGAAAGUUGAGGAGAAUCAAGCCGAAGUUCCAGCGGAGACCGCUCCGGUUGAAGCAGUGAAAGUUGAGGAGAAGCAAGCCGAAGUUCCAGCGGAGACCGCUCCGGUUGAAGCAGUGAAAGUUGAGGAGAAGCAAGCCGAAGUUCCAGCGGAGACCGCUCCGGUUGAAGCAGUGAAAGUUGAGGAGAAGCAAGCCGAAGUUCCAGCGGAGACCGCUCCGGUUGAAGCAGUGAAAGUUGAGGAGAAGCAAGCCGAAGUUCCAGCGGAGACCGCUCCGGUUGAAGCAGUGAAAGUUGAGGAGAAGCAAGCCGAAGUUCCAGCGGAGACCGCUCCGGUUGAAGCAGUGAAAGUUGAGGAGAAGCAAGCCGAAGUUCCAGCGGAGACCGCUCCGGUUGAAGCAGUGAAAGUUGAGGAGAAGCAAGCCGAAGUUCCAGCGGAGACCGCUCCGGUUGAAGCAGUGAAAGUUGAGGAGAAGCAAGCCGAAGUUCCAGCGGAGACCGCUCCGGUUGAAGCAGUGAAAGUUGAGGAGAAGCAAGCCGAAGUUCCAGCGGAGACCGCUCCGGUUGAAGCAGUGAAAGUUGAGGAGAAGCAAGCCGAAGUUCCAGCGGAGACCGCUCCGGUUGAAGCAGUGAAAGUUGAGGAGAAGCAAGCCGAAGUUCCAGCGGAGACCGCUCCGGUUGAAGCAGUGAAAGUUGAGGAGAAGCAAGCCGAAGUUCCAGCGGAGACCGCUCCGGUUGAAGCAGUGAAAGUUGAGGAGAAGCAAGCCGAAGUUCCAGCGGAGACCGCUCCGGUUGAAGCAGUGAAAGUUGAGGAGAAGCAAGCCGAAGUUCCAGCGGAGACCGCUCCGGUUGAAGCAGUGAAAGUUGAGGAGAAGCAAGCCGAAGUUCCAGCGGAGACCGCUCCGGUUGAAGCAGUGAAAGUUGAGGAGAAGCAAGCCGAAGUUCCAGUGGAGACCGCUCCGGUUGAAGCAGUGAAAGUUGAGGAGAAGCAAGCCGAAGUUCCAGCGGAGACCGCUCCUGUUGAAGCAGUGAAAGCUGAGGAGAAGCAAGCCGAAGUUCUAGCGGAAACCGCUCCAGUUGAAGCAGUGAAAGUUGAGGAGAAGCAAGCCGAAGUCCCAGCGGAGACCGCACCGGUUGAAGCAGUGAAAGUUGAGGAGAAGCAAGCCGAAGUUCCAGCGGAGACCGCACCUGUUGAAGCAGUGAAAGCUGAGGAGAAGCAAGCCGAAGCUCUAAUCGAGAGCUCCGCAGAAAACAAGACAGCCAAGCAGAAGAAGGAAGCAGUCUCCAAGCCAGCGGAAGUCAAGCCUACCGAAGUCAAAAAAGAGCCCACUCCGGCCUCAUCUUCCAAAGAAAGCGCUCCACCAACUGGAGAGAAGGCGGUCGAAGCUCUAAUCGAGAGCUCCGCAGAAAACAAGACAGCCAAGCAGAAGAAGGAAGCAGUCUCCAAGCCAGCGGAAAUCAAGCCUACCGAAGUCAAAAAAGAGCCCACUCCGGCCUCAUCUUCCAAAGAAAGCGCUCCACCAACUGGAGAGAAGGCGGUCGAAGCUCUAAUCGAGAGCUCCGCAGAAAACAAGACAGCCAAGCAGAAGAAGGAAGCAGUCUCAAAGCCAGCGGAAGUAAAGCCUACCGAAGUCAAAAAAGAGCCCACUCCGGCCUCAUCUUCCAAAGAAAGCGUUCCACCAACUGGAGAGAAGGCGGCCGAAGCUCUAAUCGAGAGCUCCGCAGAAAACAAGACUGCCAAGCAGAAGAAGGAAGCAGUCUCUAAGCCAGCGGAAGUCAAGCCUACCGAAGUCAAAAAAGAGCCCACUCCGGCCUCAUCUUCCAAAGAAAGCGCUCCACCAACUGGAGAGAAGGCGGUCGAAGCUCUAAUCGAGAGCUCCGCAGAAAACAAGACUGCCAAGCAGAAGAAGGAAGCAGUCUCUAAGCCAGCGGAAGUAAAGCCUACCGAAGUCAAAAAAGAGCCCACUCCGGCCUCAUCUUCCAAAGAAAGCGUUCCACCAACUGGAGAGAAGGCGGCCGAAGCUCUAAUCGAGAGCUCCGCAGAAAACAAGACUGCCAAGCAGAAGAAGGAAGCAGUCUCUAAGCCAGCGGAAGUCAAGCCUACCGAAGUCAAAAAAGAGCCCACUCCGGCCUCAUCUUCCAAAGAAAGCGCUCCACCAACUGGAGAGAAGGCGGCCGAAGCUCUAAUCGAGAGCUCCGCAGAAAACAAGACUGCCAAGCAGAAGAAGGAAGCAGUCUCUAAGCCAGCGGAAGUCAAGCCUACCGAAGUCAAAAAAGAGCCCACUCCGGCCUCAUCUUCCAAAGAAAGCGCUCCACCAACUGGAGAGAAGGCGGUCGAAGCUCUAAUCGAGAGCUCCGCAGAAAACAAGACUGCCAAGCAGAAGAAGGAAGCAGUCUCUGAGCCAGCGGAAGUAAAGCCUACCGAAGUCAAAAAAGAGCCCACUCCGGCCUCAUCUUCCAAAGAAAGCGCUCCACCAACUGGAGAGAAGGCGGCCGAAGCUCUAAUCGAGAGCUCCGCAGAAAACAAGACAUCCAAGCAGAAGAAGGAAGCAGUCUCCAAGCCAGCGGAAAUCAAGCCUACCGAAGUCAAAAAAGAGCCCACUCCGGCCUCAUCUUCCAAAGAUAGCGCUCCACCAACUGGAGAGAAGGCGGCCGAAGCUCUAAUCGAGAGCUCCGCAGAAAACAAGACAGCCAAGCAGAAGAAGGAAGCAGUCUCCAAGCCAGCGGAAAUCAAGCCUACCGAAGUCAAAAAGAGCCCACUCCGGCCUCAUCUUCCAAAGAUAGCGCUCCACCAACUGGAGAGAAGGCGGCCGAAGCUCUAAUCGAGAGCUCAGCAGAAAACAAGACAGCCAAGCAGAAGAAGGAAGCAGUCUCUAAGCCAGCGGAAGUCAAGCCUACCGAAGUCAAAAAGAGCCCACUCCGGCCUCAUCUUCCAAAGAAAGCGCUCCACCAACUGGAGAGAAGGCGGCCGAAGCUCUAAUCGAGAGCUCCGCAGAAAAACAAGACAGCCAAGCAGAAGAAGGAAGCAGUCUCCAAGCCAGCGGAAAUCAAGCCUUCCGAAGUCAAAAAAGAGCCCACUCCGGCCUCAUCUUCCAAAGAUAGCGCUCCACCAACUGGAGAGAAGGCGGCCGAAGCUCUAAUCGAGAGCUCAGCAGAAAACAAGACAGCCAAGCAGAAGAAGGAAGCAGUCUCUAAGCCAGCGGAAGUCAAGCCUACCGAAGUCAAAAAAGAGCCCACUCCGGCCUCAUCUUCCAAAGAAAGCGCUCCACCAACUGGAGAGAAGGCGGCCGAAGCUCUAAUCGAGAGCUCCGCAGAAAACAAGACAGCCAAGCAGAAGAAGGAAGCAGUCUCCAAGCCAGCGGAAAUCAAGCCUACCGAAGUCAAAAAAGAGCCCACUCCGGCCUCAUCUUCCAAAGAUAGCGCUCCACCAACUGGAGAGAAGGCGGCCGAAGCUCUAAUCGAGAGCUCAGCAGAAAACAAGACAGCCAAGCAGAAGAAGGAAGCAGUCUCUAAGCCAGCGGAAGUCAAGCCUACCGAAGUCAAAAAAGAGCCCACUCCGGCCUCAUCUUCCAAAGAAAGCGCUCCACCAACUGGAGAGAAGGCGGCCGAAGCUCUAAUCGAGAGCUCCGCAGAAAACAAGACAGCCAAGCAGAAGAAGGAAGCAGUCUCUAAGCCAGCGGAAGUCAAGCCUAUCGAAGUCAAAAAGAGCCCACUCCGGCCUCAUCUUCCAAAGAAAGCGCUCCACCAACUGGAGAGAAGGCGGCCGAAGCUCUAAUCGAGAGCUCCGCAGAAAAACAAGACAGCCAAGCAGAAGAAGGAAGCAGUCUCUAAGCCAGCGGAAGUAAAGCCUACCGAAGUCAAAAAAGAGCCCACUCCGGCCUCAUCUUCCAAAGAAAGCGCUCCACCAACUGGAGAGAAGGCGGCCGAAGCUCUAAUCGAGAGCUCCGCAGAAAACAAGACAGCCAAGCAGAAGAAGGAAGCAGUCUCCAAGCCAGCGGAAAUCAAGCCUACCGAAGUCAAAAAAGAGCCCACUCCGGCCUCAUCUUCCAAAGAUAGCGCUCCACCAACUGGAGAGAAGGCGGCCGAAGCUCUAAUCGAGAGCUCAGCAGAAAACAAGACAGCCAAGCAGAAGAAGGAAGCAGUCUCUAAGCCAGCGGAAGUCAAGCCUACCGAAGUCAAAAAAGAGCCCACUCCGGCCUCAUCUUCCAAAGAAAGCGCUCCACCAACUGGAGAGAAGGCGGCCGAAGCUCUAAUCGAGAGCUCCGCAGAAAACAAGACAGCCAAGCAGAAGAAGGAAGCAGUCUCUAAGCCAGCGGAAGUCAAGCCUAUCGAAGUCAAAAAGAGCCCACUCCGGCCUCAUCUUCCAAAGAAAGCGCUCCACCAACUGGAGAGAAGGCGGCCGAAGCUCUAAUCGAGAGCUCCGCAGAAAAACAAGACAGCCAAGCAGAAGAAGGAAGCAGUCUCUAAGCCAGCGGAAGUAAAGCCUACCGAAGUCAAAAAGAGCCCACUCCGGCCUCAUCUUCCAAAGAAAGCGCUCCACCAACUGGAGAGAAGGCGGCCGAAGCUCAAAUCGAGAGCUCCGCAGAAAACAAGACAGCCAAGCAGAAGAAGGAAGCAGUCUCUAAGCCAGCGGAAGUCAAGCCUACCGAAGUCAAAAAAGAGCCCACUCCGGCCUCAUCUUCCAAAGAAAGCGCUCCACCAACUGGAGAGAAGGCGGCCGAAGCUCUAAUCGAGAGCUCCGCAGAAAACAAGACAGCCAAGCAGAAGAAGGAAGCAGUCUCUAAGCCAGCGGAAGUCAAGCCAACCGAAGUCAAAAAAGAGCCCACUCCGGCCUCAUCUUCCAAAGAAAGCGCUCCACCAACUGGAGAGAAGGCGGCCGAAGCUCUAAUCGAGAGCUCCGCAGAAAACAAGACAGCCAAGCAGAAGAAGGAAGCAGUCUCUAAGCCAGCGGAAGUAAAGCCUACCGAAGUCAAAAAAGAGCCCACUCCGGCCUCAUCUUCCAAAGAAAGCGCUCCACCAACUGGAGAGAAGGCGGCCGAAGCUCAAAUCGAGAGCUCCGCAGAAAACAAGACAGCCAAGCAGAAGAAGGAAGCAGUCUCUAAGCCAGCGGAAGUCAAGCCUACCGAAGUCAAAAAAGAGCCCACUCCGGCCUCAUCUUCCAAAGAAAGCGCUCCACCAACUGGAGAGAAGGCGGCCGAAGCUCUAAUCGAGAGCUCCGCAGAAAACAAGACAGCCAAGCAGAAGAAGGAAGCAGUCUCUAAGCCAGCGGAAGUCAAGCCUACCGAAGUCAAAAAGAGCCCACUCCGGCCUCAUCUUCCAAAGAAAGCGCUCUACCAACUGGAGAGAAGGCGGCCGAAGCUCUAAUCGAGAGCUCCGCAGAAAAACAAGACAGCCAAGCAGAAGAAGGAAGCAGUCUCUAAGCCAGCGGAAGUCAAGCCUACCGAAGUCAAAAAGAGCCCACUCCGGCCUCAUCUUCCAAAGAAAGCGCUCCACCAACUGGAGAGAAGGCGGCCGAAGCUCUAAUCGAGAGCUCCGCAGAAAAACAAGACAGCCAAGCAGAAGAAGGAAGCAGUCUCUAAGCCAGCGGAAGUCAAGCCUACCGAAGUCAAAAAGAGCCCACUCCGGCCUCAUCUUCCAAAGAAAGCGCUCCACCAACUGGAGAGAAGGCGGCCGAAGCUCUAAUCGAGAGCUCCGCAGAAAACAAGACAGCCAAGCAGAAGAAGGAAGCAGUCUCCAAGCCAGCGGAAAUCAAGCCUACCGAAGUCAAAAAAGAGCCCACUCCGGCCUCAUCUUCCAAAGAAAGCGCUCCACCAACUGGAGAGAAGGCGGCCGAAGCUCUAAUCGAGAGCUCAGCAGAAAACAAGACAGCCAAGCAGAAGAAGGAAGCAGUCUCUAAGCCAGCGGAAGUCAAGCCUACCGAAGUCAAAAAAGAGCCCACUCCGGCCUCAUCUUCCAAAGAAAGCGCUCCACCAACUGGAGAGAAGGCGGCUGAAGCUCUAAUCGAGAGCUCCGCAGAAAACAAGACAGCCAAGCAGAAGAAGGAAGCAGUCUCUAAGCCAGCGGAAGUCAAGCCUACCGAAGUCAAAAAAGAGCCCACUCCGGCCUCAUCUUCCAAAGAUAGCGCUCCACCAACUGGAGAGAAGGCGGCUGAAGCUCUAAUCGAGAGCUCCGCAGAAAACAAGACAGCCAAGCAGAAGAAGGAAGCAGUCUCCAAGCCAGCGGAAAUCAAGCCUACCGAAGUCAAAAAAGAGCCCACUCCGGCCUCAUCUUCCAAAGAUAGCGCUCCACCAACUGGAGAGAAGGCGGCUGAAGCUCUAAUCGAGAGCUCCGCAGAAAACAAGACAGCCAAGCAGAAGAAGGAAGCAGUCUCUAAGCCAGCGGAAGUCAAGCCUACCGAAGUCAAAAAAGAGCCCACUCCGGCCUCAUCUUCCAAAGAAAGCGCUCCACCAACUGGAGAGAAGGCGGCCGAAGCUCUAAUCGAGAGCUCCGCAGAAAACAAGACAGCCAAGCAGAAGAAGGAAGCAGUCUCCAAGCCAGCGGAAUUCAAGCCUACCGAAGUCAAAAAAGAGCCCACUCCGGCCUCAUCUUCCAAAGAAAGCGCUCCACCAACUGGAGAGAAGGCGGCCGAAGCUCUAAUCGAGAGCUCAGCAGAAAACAAGACAGCCAAGCAGAAGAAGGAAGCAGUCUCUAAGCCAGCGGAAGUCAAGCCUACCGAAGUCAAAAAAGAGCCCACUCCGGCCUCAUCUUCCAAAGAAAGCGCUCCACCAACUGGAGAGAAGGCGGCCGAAGCUCUAAUCGAGAGCUCAGCAGAAAACAAGACAGCCAAGCAGAAGAAGGAAGCAGUCUCUAAGCCAGCGGAAGUCAAGCCUACCGAAGUCAAAAAAGAGCCCACUCCGGCCUCAUCUUCCAAAGAAAGCGCUCCACCAACUGGAGAGAAGGCGGCCGAAGCUCUAAUCGAGAGCUCCGCAGAAAACAAGACAGCCAAGCAGAAGAAGGAAGCAGUCUCCAAGCCAGCGGAAAUCAAGCCUACCGAAGUCAAAAAGAGCCCACUCCGGCCUCAUCUUCCAAAGAAAGCGCUCCACCAACUGGAGAGAAGGCGGCCGAAGCUCUAAUCGAGAGCUCAGCAGAAAAACAAGACAGCCAAGCAGAAGAAGGAAGCAGUCUCUAAGCCAGCGGAAGUCAAGCCUACCGAAGUCAAAAAAGAGCCCACUCCGGCCUCAUCUUCCAAAGAAAGCGCUCCACCAACUGGAGAGAAGGCGGCCGAAGCUCUAAUCGAGAGCUCCGCAGAAAACAAGACAGCCAAGCAGAAGAAGGAAGCAGUCUCUAAGCCAGCGGAAGUCAAGCCUACCGAAGUCAAAAAAGAGCCCACUCCGGCCUCAUCUUCCAAAGAAAGCGCUCCACCAACUGGAGAGAAGGCGGCCGAAGCUCUAAUCGAGAGCUCCGCAGAAAACAAGACAGCCAAGCAGAAGAAGGAAGCAGUCUCCAAGCCAGCGGAAAUCAAGCCUACCGAAGUCAAAAAAGAGCCCACUCCGGCCUCAUCUUCCAAAGAUAGCGCUCCACCAACUGGAGAGAAGGCGGCCGAAGCUCUAAUCGAGAGCUCCGCAGAAAACAAGACAGCCAAGCAGAAGAAGGAAGCAGUCUCCAAGCCAGCGGAAAUCAAGCCUACCGAAGUCAAAAAAGAGCCCACUCCGGCCUCAUCUUCCAAAGAAAGCGCUCCACCAACUGGAGAGAAGGCGGCCGAAGCUCUAAUCGAGAGCUCAGCAGAAAAACAAGACAGCCAAGCAGAAGAAGGAAGCAGUCUCUAAGCCAGCGGAAGUCAAGCCUACCGAAGUCAAAAAGAGCCCACUCCGGCCUCAUCUUCCAAAGAUAGCGCUCCACCAACUGGAGAGAAGGCGGCCGAAGCUCUAAUCGAGAGCUCCGCAGAAAAACAAGACAGCCAAGCAGAAGAAGGAAGCAGUCUCUAAGCCAGCGGAAGUCAAGCCUACCGAAGUCAAAAAGAGCCCACUCCGGCCUCAUCUUCCAAAGAAAGCGCUCCACCAACUGGAGAGAAGGCGGCCGAAGCUCUAAUCGAGAGCUCCGCAGAAAACAAGACAGCCAAGCAGAAGAAGGAAGCAGUCUCUAAGCCAGCGGAAAUCAAGCCUACCGAAGUCAAAAAAGAGCCCACUCCGGCCUCAUCUUCCAAAGAAAGCGCUCCACCAACUGGAGAGAAGGCGGCCGAAGCUCUAAUCGAGAGCUCCGCAGAAAACAAGACAGCCAAGCAGAAGAAGGAAGCAGUCUCUAAGCCAGCGGAAAUCAAGCCUACCGAAGUCAAAAAAGAGCCCACUCCGGCCUCAUCUUCCAAAGAAAGCGCUCCACCAACUGGAGAGAAGGCGGCCGAAGCUCUAAUCGAGAGCUCCGCAGAAAACAAGACAGCCAAGCAGAAGAAGGAAGCAGUCUCUAAGCCAGCGGAAGUCAAGCCUACCGAAGUCAAAAAAGAGCCCACUCCGGCCUCAUCUUCCAAAGAAAGCGCUCCACCAACUGGAGAGAAGGCGGCCGAAGCUCUAAUCGAGAGCUCCGCAGAAAAACAAGACAGCCAAGCAGAAGAAGGAAGCAGUCUCUAAGCCAGCGGAAAUCAAGCCUACCGAAGUCAAAAAGAGCCCACUCCGGCCUCAUCUUCCAAAGAAAGCGCUCCACCAACUGGAGAGAAGGCGGCCGAAGCUCUAAUCGAGAGCUCCGCAGAAAAACAAGACAGCCAAGCAGAAGAAGGAAGCAGUCUCUAAGCCAGCGGAAAUCAAGCCUACCGAAGUCAAAAAGAGCCCACUCCGGCCUCAUCUUCCAAAGAAAGCGCUCCACCAACUGGAGAGAAGGCGGCCGAAGCUCUAAUCGAGAGCUCCGCAGAAAAACAAGACAGCCAAGCAGAAGAAGGAAGCAGUCUCUAAGCCAGCGGAAGUCAAGCCUACCGAAGUCAAAAAGAGCCCACUCCGGCCUCAUCUUCCAAAGAAAGCGCUCCACCAACUGGAGAGAAGGCGGUCGAAGCUCUAAUCGAGAGCUCCGCAGAAAAACAAGACAGCCAAGCAGAAGAAGGAAGCAGUCUCUAAGCCAGCGGAAGUCAAGCCUACCGAAGUCAAAAAGAGCCCACUCCGGCCUCAUCUUCCAAAGAAAGCGCUCCACCAACUGGAGAGAAGGCGGCCGAAGCUCUAAUCGAGAGCUCCGCAGAAAAACAAGACAGCCAAGCAGAAGAAGGAAGCAGUCUCUAAGCCAGCGGAAGUAAAGCCUACCGAAGUCAAAAAGAGCCCACUCCGGCCUCAUCUUCCAAAGAAAGCGCUCCACCAACUGGAGAGAAGGCGGCCGAAGCUCUAAUCGAGAGCUCAGCAGAAAAACAAGACAGCCAAGCAGAAGAAGGAAGCAGUCUCUAAGCCAGCGGAAGUCAAGCCUACCGAAGUCAAAAAAGAGCCCACUCCGGCCUCAUCUUCCAAAGAUAGCGCUCCACCAACUGGAGAGAAGGCGGCUGAAGCUCUAAUCGAGAGCUCCGCAGAAAACAAGACAGCCAAGCAGAAGAAGGAAGCAGUCUCUAAGCCAGCGGAAGUCAAGCCUACCGAAGUCAAAAAGAGCCCACUCCGGCCUCAUCUUCCAAAGAUAGCGCUCCACCAACUGGAGAGAAGGCGGCCGAAGCUCUAAUCGAGAGCUCCGCAGAAAACAAGACAGCCAAGCAGAAGAAGGAAGCAGUCUCUAAGCCAGCGGAAGUCAAGCCUACCGAAGUCAAAAAGAGCCCACUCCGGCCUCAUCUUCCAAAGAAAGCGCUCCACCAACUGGAGAGAAGGCGGCCGAAGCUCUAAUCGAGAGCUCCGCAGAAAAACAAGACAGCCAAGCAGAAGAAGGAAGCAGUCUCUAAGCCAGCGGAAGUCAAGCCUACCGAAGUCAAAAAGAGCCCACUCCGGCCUCAUCUUCCAAAGAAAGCGCUCCACCAACUGGAGAGAAGGCGGCCGAAGCUCUAAUCGAGAGCUCCGCAGAAAAACAAGACAGCCAAGCAGAAGAAGGAAGCAGUCUCUAAGCCAGCGGAAGUCAAGCCUACCGAAGUCAAAAAAGAGCCCACUCCGGCCUCAUCUUCCAAAGAUAGCGCUCCACCAACUGGAGAGAAGGCGGCUGAAGCUCUAAUCGAGAGCUCCGCAGAAAACAAGACAGCCAAGCAGAAGAAGGAAGCAGUCUCCAAGCCAGCGGAAAUCAAGCCUACCGAAGUCAAAAAAGAGCCCACUCCGGCCUCAUCUUCCAAAGAUAGCGCUCCACCAACUGGAGAGAAGGCGGCUGAAGCUCUAAUCGAGAGCUCCGCAGAAAACAAGACAGCCAAGCAGAAGAAGGAAGCAGUCUCUAAGCCAGCGGAAGUCAAGCCUACCGAAGUCAAAAAAGAGCCCACUCCGGCCUCAUCUUCCAAAGAUAGCGCUCCACCAACUGGAGAGAAGGCGGCUGAAGCUCUAAUCGAGAGCUCCGCAGAAAAACAAGACAGCCAAGCAGAAGAAGGAAGCAGUCUCAAGCCAGCGGAAGUCAAGCCUACCGAAGUCAAAAAGAGCCCACUCCGGCCUCAUCUUCCAAAGAAAGCGCUCCACCAACUGGAGAGAAGGCGGCCGAAGCUCUAAUCGAGAGCUCCGCAGAAAACAAGACAGCCAAGCAGAAGAAGGAAGCAGUCUCUAAGCCAGCGGAAGUCAAGCCUACCGAAGUCAAAAAAGAGCCCACUCCGGCCUCAUCUUCCAAAGAAAGCGCUCCACCAACUGGAGAGAAGGCGGCCGAAGCUCUAAUCGAGAGCUCCGCAGAAAACAAGACAGCCAAGCAGAAGAAGGAAGCAGUCUCCAAGCCAGCGGAAAUCAAGCCUACCGAAGUCAAAAAAGAGCCCACUCCGGCCUCAUCUUCCAAAGAAAGCGCUCCACCAACUGGAGAGAAGGCGGCCGAAGCUCUAAUCGAGAGCUCAGCAGAAAAACAAGACAGCCAAGCAGAAGAAGGAAGCAGUCUCUAAGCCAGCGGAAGUCAAGCCUACCGAAGUCAAAAAAAGAGCCCACUCCGGCCUCAUCUUCCAAAGAAAGCGCUCCACCAACUGGAGAGAAGGCGGCUGAAGCUCUAAUCGAGAGCUCCGCAGAAAACAAGACAGCCAAGCAGAAGAAGGAAGCAGUCUCCAAGCCAGCGGAAAUCAAGCCUACCGAAGUCAAAAAAGAGCCCACUCCGGCCUCAUCUUCCAAAGAAAGCGCUCCACCAACUGGAGAGAAGGCGGCCGAAGCUCUAAUCGAGAGCUCCGCAGAAAACAAGACAGCCAAGCAGAAGAAGGAAGCAGUCUCCAAGCCAGCGGAAGUCAAGCCUACCGAAGUCAAAAAAGAGCCCACUCCGGCCUCAUCUUCCAAAGAAAGCGCUCCACCAACUGGAGAGAAGGCGGCCGAAGCUCUAAUCGAGAGCUCAGCAGAAAACAAGACAGCCAAGCAGAAGAAGGAAGCAGUCUCUAAGCCAGCGGAAGUCAAGCCUACCGAAGUCAAAAAAGAGCCCACUCCGGCCUCAUCUUCCAAAGAAAGCGCUCCACCAACUGGAGAGAAGGCGGCCGAAGCUCUAAUCGAGAGCUCCGCAGAAAACAAGACAGCCAAGCAGAAGAAGGAAGCAGUCUCUAAGCCAGCGGAAGUCAAGCCUACCGAAGUCAAAAAAGAGCCCACUCCGGCCUCAUCUUCCAAAGAAAGCGCUCCACCAACUGGAGAGAAGGCGGCCGAAGCUCUAAUCGAGAGCUCCGCAGAAAACAAGACAGCCAAGCAGAAGAAGGAAGCAGUCUCUAAGCCAGCGGAAGUCAAGCCUACCGAAGUCAAAAAAGAGCCCACUCCGGCCUCAUCUUCCAAAGAAAGCGCUCCACCAACUGGAGAGAAGGCGGCCGAAGCUCUAAUCGAGAGCUCCGCAGAAAACAAGACAGCCAAGCAGAAGAAGGAAGCAGUCUCCAAGCCAGCGGAAAUCAAGCCUACCGAAGUCAAAAAAGAGCCCACUCCGGCCUCAUCUUCCAAAGAUAGCGCUCCACCAACUGGAGAGAAGGCGGCCGAAGCUCUAAUCGAGAGCUCCGCAGAAAACAAGACUGCCAAGCAGAAGAAGGAAGCAGUCUCUAAGCCAGCGGAAGUCAAGCCUACCGAAGUCAAAAAAGAGCAAACUCCGGCCUCAUCUUCCAAAGAAAGCGCUCCACCAACUGGAGAGAAGGCGGCCGAAGCUCUAAUCGAGAGCUCCGCAGAAAACAAGACUGCCAAGCAGAAGAAGGAAGCAGUCUCUAAGCCAGCGGAAGUCAAGCCUACCGAAGUCAAAAAAGAGCCCACUCCGGCCUCAUCUUCCAAAGAAAGCGCUCCACCAACUGGAGAGAAGGCGGCCGAAGCUCUAAUCGAGAGCUCCGCAGAAAACAAGACUGCCAAGCAGAAGAAGGAAGCAGUCUCUAAGCCAGCGGAAGUCAAGCCUACCGAAGUCAAAAAGAGCCCACUCCGGCCUCAUCUUCCAAAGAAAGCGCUCCACCAACUGGAGAGAAGGCGGCCGAAGCUCAAAUCGAGAGCUCCGCAGAAAAACAAGACAGCCAAGCAGAAGAAGGAAGCAGUCUCUAAGCCAGCGGAAGUCAAGCCUACCGAAGUCAAAAAAGAGCCCACUCCGGCCUCAUCUUCCAAAGAAAGCGCUCCACCAACUGGAGAGAAGGCGGCCGAAGCUCAAAUCGAGAGCUCAGCAGAAAACAAGACUGCCAAGCAGAAGAAGGAAGCAGUCUCUAAGCCAGCGGAAGUCAAGCCUACCGAAGUCAAAAAAGAGCCCCCUCCGGCCUCAUCUUCCAAAGAAAGCGCUCCACCAACUGGAGAGAAGGCGGCCGAAGCUCUAAUCGAGAGCUCAGCAGAAAACAAGACAGCCAAGCAGAAGAAAGAAGCAGUCUCUAAGCCAGCGGAAGUCAAGCCUACCGAAGUCAAAAAAGAGCCCACUCCGGCCUCAUCUUCCAAAGAAAGCGCUCCACCAACUGGAGAGAAGGCGGCCGAAGCUCUAAUCGAGAGCUCAGCAGAAAACAAGACAGCCAAGCAGAAGAAGGAAGCAGUCUCUAAGCCAGCGGAAGUCAAGCCUACCGAAGUCAAAAAAGAGCCCACUCCGGCCUCAUCUUCCAAAGAAAGCGCUCCACCAACUGAAGAGAAGGCGGCCGAAGCUCUAAUCGAGAGCUCCGCAGAAAACAAGACUGCCAAGCAGAAGAAGGAAGCAGUCUCUAAGCCAGCGGAAGUCAAGCCUACCGAAGUCAAAAAAGAGCCCCCUCCGGCCUCAUCUUCCAAAGAAAGCGCUCCACCAACUGGAGAGAAGGCGGCCGAAGCUCUAAUCGAGAGCUCAGCAGAAAACAAGACAGCCAAGCAGAAGAAAGAAGCAGUCUCUAAGCCAGCGGAAGUCAAGCCUACCGAAGUCAAAAAAGAGCCCACUCCGGCCUCAUCUUCCAAAGAAAGCGCUCCACCAACUGGAGAGAAGGCGGCCGAAGCUCUAAUCGAGAGCUCAGCAGAAAACAAGACAGCCAAGCAGAAGAAGGAAGCAGUCUCUAAGCCAGCGGAAGUCAAGCCUACCGAAGUCAAAAAAGAGCCCACUCCGGCCUCAUCUUCCAAAGAAAGCGCUCCACCAACUGGAGAGAAGGCGGCCGAAGCUCUAAUCGAGAGCUCAGCAGAAAACAAGACAGCCAAGCAGAAGAAGGAAGCAGUCUCUAAGCCAGCGGAAGUCAAGCCUACCGAAGUCAAAAAAGAGCCCACUCCGGCCUCAUCUUCCAAAGAAAGCGCUCCACCAACUGGAGAGAAGGCGGCCGAAGCUCUAAUCGAGAGCUCAGCAGAAAACAAGACAGCCAAGCAGAAGAAGGAAGCAGUCUCUAAGCCAGCGGAAGUCAAGCCUACCGAAGUCAAAAAAGAGCCCACUCCGGCCUCAUCUUCCAAAGAAAGCGCUCCACCAACUGGAGAGAAGGCGGCCGAUGCUCAAAUCGAGAGCUCCGCAGAAAACAAGACAGCCAAGCAGAAGAAGGAAGCAGUCUCUAAGCCAGCGGAAGUCAAGCCUACCGAAGUCAAAAAAGAGCCCACUCCGGCCUCAUCUUCCAAAGAAAGCGCUCCACCAACUGGAGAGAAGGCGGCCGAAGCUCAAAUCGAGAGCUCCGCAGAAAACAAGACAGCCAAGCAGAAGAAGGAAGCAGUCUCCAAGCCAGCGGAAGUAAAGCCUACCGAAGUCAAAAAGAGCCCACUCCGGCCUCAUCUUCCAAAGAAAGCGCUCCACCAACUGGAGAGAAGGCGGCCGAAGCUCAAAUCGAGAGCUCCGCAGAAAACAAGACAGCCAAGCAGAAGAAGGAAGCAGUCUCCAAGCCAGCGGAAGUCAAGCCUACCGAAGUCAAAAAAGAGCCCACUCCGGCCUCAUCUUCCAAAGAAAGCGCUCCACCAACUGGAGAGAAGGCGGCCGAAGCUCUAAUCGAGAGCUCAGCAGAAAACAAGACAGCCAAGCAGAAGAAGGAAGCAGUCUCUAAGCCAGCGGAAGUCAAGCUUACCGAAGUCAAAAAAGAGCCCACUCCGGCCUCAUCUUCCAAAGAAAGCGCUCCACCAACUGGAGAGAAGGCGGUCGAAGCUCUAAUCGAGAGCUCCGCAGAAAACAAGACUGCCAAGCAGAAGAAGGAAGCAGUCUCUAAGCCAGCGGAAGUCAAGCCUACCGAAGUCAAAAAGAGCCCACUCCGGCCUCAUCUUCCAAAGAAAGCGCUCCACCAACUGGAGAGAAGGCGGCCGAAGCUCAAAUCGAGAGCUCCGCAGAAAACAAGACAGCCAAGCAGAAGAAGGAAGCAGUCUCCAAGCCAGCGGAAGUCAAGCCUACCGAAGUCAAAAAAGAGCCCACUCCGGCCUCAUCUUCCAAAGAAAGCGCUCCACCAACUGGAGAGAAGGCGGCCGAAGCUCUAAUCGAGAGCUCAGCAGAAAACAAGACAGCCAAGCAGAAGAAGGAAGCAGUCUCUAAGCCAGCGGAAGUCAAGCCUACCGAAGUCAAAAAAGAGCAAACUCCGGCCUCAUCUUCCAAAGAAAGCGCUCCACCAACUGGAGAGAAGGCGGCCGAAGCUCUAAUCGAGAGCUCCGCAGAAAACAAGACUGCCAAGCAGAAGAAGGAAGCAGUCUCUAAGCCAGCGGAAGUCAAGCCUACCGAAGUCAAAAAAAGAGCCCACUCCGGCCUCAUCUUCCAAAGAAAGCGCUCCACCAACUGGAGAGAAGGCGGCCGAAGCUCUAAUCGAGAGCUCAGCAGAAAAACAAGACAGCCAAGCAGAAGAAGGAAGCAGUCUCAAGCCAGCGGAAGUCAAGCCUACCGAAGUCAAAAAGAGCCCACUCCGGCCUCAUCUUCCAAAGAAAGCGCUCCACCAACUGGAGAGAAGGCGGCCGAAGCUCUAAUCGAGAGCUCAGCAGAAAAACAAGACAGCCAAGCAGAAGAAGGAAGCAGUCUCUAAGCCAGCGGAAGUCAAGCCUACCGAAGUCAAAAAGAGCCCACUCCGGCCUCAUCUUCCAAAGAAAGCGCUCCACCAACUGGAGAGAAGGCGGCCGAUGCUCAAAUCGAGAGCUCCGCAGAAAACAAGACAGCCAAGCAGAAGAAGGAAGCAGUCUCUAAGCCAGCGGAAGUCAAGCCUACCGAAGUCAAAAAAGAGCCCACUCCGGCCUCAUCUUCCAAAGAAAGCGCUCCACCAACUGGAGAGAAGGCGGCCGAAGCUCAAAUCGAGAGCUCCGCAGAAAACAAGACAGCCAAGCAGAAGAAGGAAGCAGUCUCCAAGCCAGCGGAAGUAAAGCCUACCGAAGUCAAAAAAGAGCCCACUCCGGCCUCAUCUUCCAAAGAAAGCGCUCCACCAACUGGAGAGAAGGCGGCCGAAGCUCAAAUCGAGAGCUCCGCAGAAAACAAGACAGCCAAGCAGAAGAAGGAAGCAGUCUCCAAGCCAGCGGAAGUCAAGCCUACCGAAGUCAAAAAAGAGCCCACUCCGGCCUCAUCUUCCAAAGAAAGCGCUCCACCAACUGGAGAGAAGGCGGCCGAAGCUCUAAUCGAGAGCUCAGCAGAAAACAAGACAGCCAAGCAGAAGAAGGAAGCAGUCUCUAAGCCAGCGGAAGUCAAGCUUACCGAAGUCAAAAAAGAGCCCACUCCGGCCUCAUCUUCCAAAGAAAGCGCUCCACCAACUGGAGAGAAGGCGGCCGAAGCUCAAAUCGAGAGCUCCGCAGAAAACAAGACAGCCAAGCAGAAGAAGGAAGCAGUCUCCAAGCCAGCGGAAGUAAAGCCUACCGAAGUCAAAAAAGAGCCCACUCCGGCCUCAUCUUCCAAAGAAAGCGCUCCACCAACUGGAGAGAAGGCGGUCGAAGCUCUAAUCGAGAGCUCCGCAGAAAACAAGACAGCCAAGCAGAAGAAGGAAGCAGUCUCUAAGCCAGCGGAAGUCAAUCCUACCGAAGUCAAAAAAGAGCCCACUCCGGCCUCAUCUUCCAAAGAAAGCGCUCCACCAACUGGAGAGAAGGCGGCCGAAGCUCUAAUCGAAAGCUCCGCAGAAAACAAGACAGCCAAGCAGAAGAAGGAAGCAGUCUCCAAGCCAGCGGAAAUCAAGCCUACCGAAGUCAAAAAAGAGCCCACUCCGGCCUCAUCUUCCAAAGAAAGCGCUCCACCAACUGGAGAGAAGGCGGCCGAAGCUCUAAUCGAGAGCUCAGCAGAAAACAAGACAGCCAAGCAGAAGAAGGAAGCAGUCUCUAAGCCAGCGGAAGUAAAGCCUACCGAAGUCAAAAAAGAGCCCACUCCGGCCUCAUCUUCCAAAGAAAGCGCUCCACCAACUGGAGAGAAGGCGGCCGAAGCUCUAAUCGAGAGCUCCGCAGAAAACAAGACAGCCAAGCAGAAGAAGGAAGCAGUCUCUAAGCCAGCGGAAGUAAAGCCUACCGAAGUCAAAAAAGAGCCCACUCCGGCCUCAUCUUCCAAAGAAAGCGCUCCACCAACUGGAGAGAAGGCGGUCGAAGCUCUAAUCGAGAGCUCCGCAGAAAACAAGACAGCCAAGCAGAAGAAGGAAGCAGUCUCUAAGCCAGCGGAAGUAAAGCCUACCGAAGUCAAAAAAGAGCCCACUCCGGCCUCAUCUUCCAAAGAAAGCGCUCCACCAACUGGAGAGAAGGCGGUCGAAGCUCUAAUCGAGAGCUCAGCAGAAAAACAAGACAGCCAAGCAGAAGAAGGAAGCAGUCUCUAAGCCAGCGGAAGUCAAGCCUACCGAAGUCAAAAAGAGCCCACUCCGGCCUCAUCUUCCAAAGAAAGCGCUCCACCAACUGGAGAGAAGGCGGCCGAAGCUCUAAUCGAGAGCUCAGCAGAAAAACAAGACAGCCAAGCAGAAGAAGGAAGCAGUCUCUAAGCCAGCGGAAGUCUACCGAAGUCAAAAAGAGCCCACUCCGGCCUCAUCUUCCAAAGAAAGCGCUCCACCAACUGGAGAGAAGGCGGCCGAAGCUUUAAUCGAGAGCUCAGCAGAAAACAAGACAGCCAAGCAGAAGAAGGAAGCAGUCUCUAAGCCAGCGGAAGUCAAGCCUACCGAAGUCAAAAAGAGCCCACCCCGGCCUCAUCUUCCAAAGAAAGCGCUCCACCAACUGGAGAGAAGGCGGCCGAAGCUCUAAUCGAGAGCUCAGCAGAAAACAAGACAGCCAAGCAGAAGAAGGAAGCAGUCUCUAAGCCAGCGGAAGUCAAGCCUACCGAAGUCAAAAAGAGCCCACUCCGGCCUCAUCUUCCAAAGAAAGCGCUCCACCAACUGGAGAGAAGGCGGCCGAAGCUCUAAUCGAGAGCUCAGCAGAAAACAAGACAGCCAAGCAGAAGAAGGAAGCAGUCUCUAAGCCAGCGGAAGUCAAGCCUACCGAAGUCAAAAAAGAGCCCACCCCGGCCUCAUCUUCCAAAGAAAGCGCUCCACCAACUGGAGAGAAGGCGGCCGAAGCUCUAAUCGAAAGCUCCGCAGAAAACAAGACAGCCAAGCAGAAGAAGGAAGCAGUCUCUAAGCCAGCGGAAGUAAAGCCUACCGAAGUCAAAAAAGAGCCCACUCCGGCCUCAUCUUCCAAAGAAAGCGCUCCACCAACUGGAGAGAAGGCGGCCGAAGCUCUAAUCGAGAGCUCCGCAGAAAACAAGACAGCCAAGCAGAAGAAGGAAGCAGUCUCUAAGCCAGCGGAAGUCAAGCCUACCGAAGUCAAAAAAGAGCCCACCCCGGCCUCAUCUUCCAAAGAAAGCGCUCCACCAACUGGAGAGAAGGCGGCCGAAGCUCUAAUCGAGAGCUCAGCAGAAAACAAGACAGCCAAGCAGAAGAAGGAAGCAGUCUCUAAGCCAGCGGAAGUCAAGCCUACCGAAGUCAAAAAAGAGCCCACUCCGGCCUCAUCUUCCAAAGAUAGCGCUCCACCAACUGGAGAGAAGGCGGCUGAAGCUCUAAUCGAGAGCUCCGCAGAAAACAAGACAGCCAAGCAGAAGAAGGAAGCAGUCUCUAAGCCAGCGGAAGUCAAGCCUACCGAAGUCAAAAAAAGAGCCCACUCCGGCCUCAUCUUCCAAAGAAAGCGCUCCACCAACUGGAGAGAAGGCGGCCGAAGCUCUAAUCGAGAGCUCCGCAGAAAACAAGACAGCCAAGCAGAAGAAGGAAGCAGUCUCUAAGCCAGCGGAAGUCAAGCCUACCGAAGUCAAAAAAGAGCCCACUCCGGCCUCAUCUUCCAAAGAUAGCGCUCCACCAACUGGAGAGAAGGCGGCUGAAGCUCUAAUCGAGAGCUCCGCAGAAAACAAGACAGCCAAGCAGAAGAAGGAAGCAGUCUCUAAGCCAGCGGAAGUCAAGCCUACCGAAGUCAAAAAAGAGCCCACUCCGGCCUCAUCUUCCAAAGAAAGCGCUCCACCAACUGGAGAGAAGGCGGCCGAUGCUCAAAUCGAGAGCUCCGCAGAAAACAAGACAGCCAAGCAGAAGAAGGAAGCAGUCUCUAAGCCAGCGGAAGUCAAGCCUACCGAAGUCAAAAAAAGAGCCCACUCCGGCCUCAUCUUCCAAAGAAAGCGCUCCACCAACUGGAGAGAAGGCGGCCGAAGCUCUAAUCGAGAGCUCAGCAGAAAACAAGACAGCCAAGCAGAAGAAGGAAGCAGUCUCUAAGCCAGCGGAAGUCAAGCUUACCGAAGUCAAAAAAGAGCCCACUCCGGCCUCAUCUUCCAAAGAAAGCGCUCCACCAACUGGAGAGAAGGCGGCCGAAGCUCAAAUCGAGAGCUCCGCAGAAAACAAGACAGCCAAGCAGAAGAAGGAAGCAGUCUCUAAGCCAGCGGAAGUCAAGCCUACCGAAGUCAAAAAAGAGCCCACUCCGGCCUCAUCUUCCAAAGAAAGCGCUCCACCAACUGGAGAGAAGGCGGCCGAAGCUCAAAUCGAGAGCUCCGCAGAAAACAAGACAGCCAAGCAGAAGAAGGAAGCAGUCUCCAAGCCAGCGGAAGUAAAGCCUACCGAAGUCAAAAAAGAGCCCACUCCGGCCUCAUCUUCCAAAGAAAGCGCUCCACCAACUGGAGAGAAGGCGGUCGAAGCUCUAAUCGAGAGCUCCGCAGAAAACAAGACAGCCAAGCAGAAGAAGGAAGCAGUCUCUAAGCCAGCGGAAGUCAAUCCUACCGAAGUCAAAAAAGAGCCCACUCCGGCCUCAUCUUCCAAAGAAAGCGCUCCACCAACUGGAGAGAAGGCGGCCGAAGCUCUAAUCGAAAGCUCCGCAGAAAACAAGACAGCCAAGCAGAAGAAGGAAGCAGUCUCCAAGCCAGCGGAAAUCAAGCCUACCGAAGUCAAAAAAGAGCCCACUCCGGCCUCAUCUUCCAAAGAAAGCGCUCCACCAACUGGAGAGAAGGCGGCCGAAGCUCUAAUCGAGAGCUCAGCAGAAAACAAGACAGCCAAGCAGAAGAAGGAAGCAGUCUCUAAGCCAGCGGAAGUCAAGCCUACCGAAGUCAAAAAAGAGCCCACUCCGGCCUCAUCUUCCAAAGAAAGCGCUCCACCAACUGGAGAGAAGGCGGUCGAAGCUCUAAUCGAGAGCUCAGCAGAAAACAAGACAGCCAAGCAGAAGAAGGAAGCAGUCUCUAAGCCAGCGGAAGUCAAGCCUACCGAAGUCAAAAAAGAGCCCACUCCGGCCUCAUCUUCCAAAGAAAGCGCUCCACCAACUGGAGAGAAGGCGGUCGAAGCUCUAAUCGAGAGCUCAGCAGAAAACAAGACAGCCAAGCAGAAGAAGGAAGCAGUCUCUAAGCCAGCGGAAGUCAAUCCUACCGAAGUCAAAAAAGAGCCCACUCCGGCCUCAUCUUCCAAAGAAAGCGCUCCACCAACUGGAGAGAAGGCGGCCGAAGCUCUAAUCGAGAGCUCAGCAGAAAACAAGACAGCCAAGCAGAAGAAGGAAGCAGUCUCUAAGCCAGCGGAAGUCAAGCCUACCGAAGUCAAAAAAGAGCCCACUCCGGCCUCAUCUUCCAAAGAAAGCGCUCCACCAACUGGAGAGAAGGCGGCCGAAGCUCUAAUCGAGAGCUCCGCAGAAAACAAGACAGCCAAGCAGAAGAAGGAAGCAGUCUCUAAGCCAGCGGAAGUAAAGCCUACCGAAGUCAAAAAAAGAGCCCACUCCGGCCUCAUCUUCCAAAGAAAGCGCUCCACCAACUGGAGAGAAGGCGGUCGAAGCUCUAAUCGAGAGCUCAGCAGAAAAACAAGACAGCCAAGCAGAAGAAGGAAGCAGUCUCUAAGCCAGCGGAAGUCAAGCCUACCGAAGUCAAAAAAGAGCCCACUCCGGCCUCAUCUUCCAAAGAAAGCGCUCCACCAACUGGAGAGAAGGCGGCCGAAGCUCUAAUCGAGAGCUCAGCAGAAAACAAGACAGCCAAGCAGAAGAAGGAAGCAGUCUCUAAGCCAGCGGAAGUAAAGCCUACCGAAGUCAAAAAAGAGCCCACUCCGGCCUCAUCUUCCAAAGAAAGCGCUCCACCAACUGGAGAGAAGGCGGCCGAAGCUUUAAUCGAGAGCUCAGCAGAAAACAAGACAGCCAAGCAGAAGAAGGAAGCAGUCUCUAAGCCAGCGGAAGUCAAGCCUACCGAAGUCAAAAAAGAGCCCACCCCGGCCUCAUCUUCCAAAGAAAGCGCUCCACCAACUGGAGAGAAGGCGGCCGAAGCUCUAAUCGAGAGCUCCGCAGAAAACAAGACAGCCAAGCAGAAGAAGGAAGCAGUCUCAAAGCCAGCGGAAGUAAAGCCUACCGAAGUCAAAAAAGAGCCCACUCCGGCCUCAUCUUCCAAAGAAAGCGCUCCACCAACUGAAGAGAAGGCGGUCGAAGCUCUUAUCGAGAGCUCCCUUGUUGAGGCGAAGAUCGAGGACACUCCAGCCGAUGUUCGUGUCGAGGACAAAAAGGAAGUUUCUGUGGAAGUCACGUCAAUUCUGAAAUGUAAGCAGCAGUCAGUCAUUGUUACCAGAACGGUUCCGCCUAUCGAGCGCAUUUUUCUCAGUACGGAAGAGCCAUACACUUUGGAGGUUUAUUGCAAUGCAGUAAGUUACAACUCCUUGUUGUUUUUCAAUUGGUAAUAUUUUCAUUCUCAGGCAUUUGUCAAACAAAGAACCGAUAGAAUCGGUAUCGGAAUAAUAUUCGAAAAGUCUGGUGCGACAAAGAAAGAUCCUGCGAGGCCUGAGAAACUGGAUGACAGUAAGUUUUCGAUGCAUCUAUUUCUUUUUCAACUAACUGUUUCAGACUGUCUGCUAACUGAUGUCAUUGAUGGAUUGUCCAUUCUCAGCCCUCCGGCUAAGCCGAAAAAACAUCUGAAAAAGAAGAAGAAGCAUCAUAAGAGGGAAAAGAUUGCCGUGAAGGAGACUGAGCAGGACGAGAAGCCGGUGGCUCAUCUGAAGCCUGAAAUUAGUGGUGUCGAGCGCAAAAGAAGCAAUUCUGGUUCCAGUGAUAUCUUCGUGGAUGUUGACAUUGAAGCCGGCGAAGAGUCGAUUCACACAGAUGCUCUUGUUGAUCUGAACUUCUACGACUACGACCAAAUGGAGCUGAGCAUCUUCGAAGAUUACGAUUCGGAUGAUGAUAGCGCUUCAAUUGAUUGUGAUGUCAGUCUGGACAAUGUGGCAGCUGAUGAUGGAAUAGACGUGUUCCCACCAAACGAAGACACUCAAGAAGUACAGCAGAAGGUGCUCCUUUCCUCGAAAAAACAAGACGAAGACACAAUUCGGAAGGAGGAAGAGAAAGAAGAAGUGACGACGACGUUUGGAAGCGCAGAGGAGGAAGUUAGUUUCACCAUCACUACUGGCCAGUCGAUUGUGGAACAACCGACAUCGCAAGCAAUCGAGAACAUGGACUCUGAAGUUGUUCUGAAGUGCCGAACGUCUAAAUCGAUAACCGACGCCAAAUGGUUCUGCAAUGGUAUGAUUCUCGCGGCCGAUGGACACGUUGCAAUUGAAACAUCUGGAAAGGAAACAGUCUUGAAACUUUCAAAAUUCUUGCCACAGAACAAGGGAAAGUACCAUGUCCUUAUCGAUGGAUCCAUUGGAAGUCAGCCGGCGAUCUUGUCUGGACCAUCUCCGCCGAUGAUUUUGAACAAGCAAGUUUUCCCGGUUUGGGAUGGCUCGAUGACCAAUCACUCUUUUUUCAGACUCACUAAUCCGAUCACCCAUCAAGCUGGCAAAUCGUUCACCUACAAGUUCACGUUCAUUGGUGCUCCUGCUCCCAGACUACGUGUCUUGCUCAACGGAGAGCCGGUCUCUUUCGAUGUGAAAUAUGAAGUUUACGGCAAUCUCGCCUCGCUUUACAUCCCCAAGAUGAGCAAGCAAGACGAUGGAGAAUACACUGUGGUGCUCGAGAACAAGUACGGAAAGGACGAGUCUGACCUGCACAUUUCCAUGGUCGACACUCCGCUCAAACCGAGAAAGGCUCAACUUGUCGAGCUCACGGACACUUCUGCAACCAUCAAAUGGCUGCCACCACACACUGGAGACUCCGAUAUUCUGCACUACGUCGUUCAGAGAAGAUUGACGGAAAGCCGGAGAUGGAGGAACAUCGGGCACAAUCAAGAGAAGACGUUCACGGCUGUGGAGCUUGUGCCCAACGAGUUCUACGCAUUCAGAGUUGUCGCCGUGAAUGAGUUCGGAGAAGGUGCACCGAGUGACAUUGUGGAAGUGAACACAUUGGAUUAUGAUCAAGAGGAGAACUUUGAGUUUGUUGGAGAAGAAGUUGCCCAGCCACCAACUGAUGUGCAAGUCGCUGAAGUCAGUUUUGAUGUGGAGACGGGCCGUGACGAUGAAGCCACGUGCGACGUGGACGCAGAGGCAACUAUUGAAGUGCUGAAGGUGGAAGAAUCUCAAGCGGAGGAAACACAGACGUUGAAGAAGAAGGUCAAGAAGACAAAGAAGAGAUCCGAGAGCCAAGAAACUGUAGCCGCUCAAACUACUCAAUCCAUCGCAACGUUUAUUGAAGCAACAUCAGAAAUUGACGUCACUAGUAGUAUCGAUGUUACGACAGAUGCAGAACUUGUCAUUGAAAGCAAGGAAGCGACACAGGUGGAAUCCGAAGCAACGGCAGUGGAAAAGCAAGAGCAAGUCAAAGAAGCAUCCGAUGAGAAGAAGACCAAAGCGGUGAAAAAGAUAAAGAAGAAGGCCGAUUCCGAGAAGACAUUGGAUGGUUCUGAUGAUGUGACGUCUGAAGACAAGAAACCUGCCGAGACAAAGAAGGAGACCGACGACAUGAAGACCGCUGACGACAAGGCCCAGAAGGAUGCCGAAGCCAAGACGAAGACAGAGGCCGACGACAAGAACGCAGCCGAUGAGGGAACCGACAGCACUGUUAAGGCCAAAGGAGAGAAAGAAGCCAAAAAGAAAGUCAUCAAGAAGAAGGUUCAGAAGGCAGAAAAGAAGUCCGAUGAACAACCAGUGGAGAAGAAACCAGACGAGAUUAGCUCAGACGAAUCUAGAAAAGAUCUGGAGUCAGACAUCAGUCUCAGCCUGGACACAGUCACCGAGUCGGAUGAAAUGUCAACUGCUUCCACUAUCAAACUAGCUAACGAUUCUGACGAGAGUGGCAUUGACAGUCGCAUGGCGCAGACUUCCGAAGCAGAAGACACUCCGUUCACCAGUCAGCCACAAACGACAACAGUCACCGAGCUGCUCGGAGAGGCCAAAUUCUCAGUUUCCUUCUCUCGAAAGCCAAUCGGUGUGAAAUGGAUGAGAGACAAUAGGGAGAUCCGUGUCGCGUACGGAAAGACAACCGUCGAGACGACUGACGAUUCUUCGGUUCUGGUGAUUAAGAAUGUCGACGGAAAAGACGUCGGCAACAUCUACGCAGUGUUCGACAGUGAAUACAGAUCAGCAAUGGCUAGACUCGAGUUGCGAGUCCCAUGCAAGGUCACCCUAGAAUCGACGACAACACAGACUGAGUAUAUGGCUGGAACGAAUUUGGAUCUUUCACUUAAGGUAAAAUUGUAAAAUAUUACUUUUGUUAAGUUAGUUCAUUUCAGAUUGCCGGUUUCCCUGCUCCAACACAAAUAGAGCUUCUUCACAACGAUCAGCCGUUGCGUGUUCGUGCCGAUGUCACCGACUUGGAUGACACUAUUUCCAUUAGAAUGAAACGGCUGAAGAUUGAGGAUUCUGGAGAGAUUAAGGUCAUCGUUAAGAACGAAACUUCUCAAGACGAACUGAAAAUCCCAGUAAAAGUCAUUGACGUGACUGGCAAGCCAAGUUCUCUUCAAGCGGUCAGCCGUGAAACGGAAAGCAUCACUCUCCAAUGGUCGGCUCCGAAGGAUCUGAACGGAAGUGAAGUGAUCGAGUACAUCGUGGAGAGGAAAACGGUGGAGAGUGGAAGAUGGAGACAUUCUUGCACUGUCACUGGUACCAGGACGAUUGUGGACGGACUGUUCUCGGGCACCGAGUACGUGUUCCGCGUGAUUGCCGUCAAUGCCGCAGGUCAAAGUGCUCCGGGAGAUUCCAUCGAAGCGGAGACCCUCGCGGAAGAGGAAGGUGAGUGCGGUGCCUCGUGGAGAACGCAUCAUAUAGCUAAUCCCCCAUUGAGAAAAAGAAAGAUCCUGCGAUUCUCAGAAGCCCAGACACGCUCAGAAAUCCUCGCGCGACAGAUUUUCGCCCCCGCGCACUGUUGACAUUCUCGUCGCCUCGACCUUGCUCUCGGCUUUAUGCUCUAGGCGCCUCGAGGGGCGAGAUCCCACUAAACCAUACGUACGUAAUCACUUUGCUUCCUGCGCCUCCAGCCCAUCCUCGCAGCAUUCCAUGUAAUUCUUCUCGUGUGAUCUUCCUCUCUCUCUCCCACUCACCGUCAUGUUUCGAUGCUUGAGCGCGCUCAGCCGGCAACCUGAACUGAACACUUUUGAGACUAUAGCUUAGUCAGGGCUCAUGAGAGAAAGGUGCAUACAUUUCAGUUGAUAAGAUAUUGUUUGGUAACACCUCUUCCUCAUUCCUCCCAAGUUCCUAUCUCUAAAACUGUCUUGGGCAGCUGAAUCUUCUCAGCUUACUGAACAUUCCAAAUCUCCAUGUAUUGUCUUUUUUCCAUGCAGCAUAUAAUGGGGAACAUUUGGAUGGAACGGUGUCCUCAUUCUGCGAAAAAGUUUACGACUAUCAUCCUCUCUGUUUAUUUGUAUUUCUCGCCCUCUUGCUGUCCGAUUUUUGAUGCGAUGACUCAAUGGGAUAUCCCCCUCCCAGUUCUUUUCCUGUGAAGGUUAGAAAUUUUUAGACUCUCACAAACAGUGAACAAAUACACACACACACACAAAUUACAUGUUUUUCGUCCACUUGACAUUGUGCCGCUCUUUCUCCCUCAUGCUCCUUCACUCUUUUCGAUUCUCACGAACGGCUCAUUCAUCCGAUUUUUGCUCUUUGUCUUUUUUGCAAAAACAAAAACGACUAAAUUCGCCCCACCGAAUCCCGUCGCUUUUUGUUGCUCUUUUCCUGGUGGAUAUCAAAAUGAUAAGUGAAAAGUCAACAACUGUACAAACAGGUGGUUGGUUGGGUAGAAGGGCAGAUUCCAUCAACUACUUGUAUCAUCUGCUUCGGCUUCGGAUUACAUUUGAGCGAGAGCACCAUAUCUUCGUCGCAUUCGUCGAUUGGCGCACGGAGAGAAUCUGAAAAAACUGAAUGCGGAGAAGAAUUUGCCAUUCUGCCCAAAUAGCCGUAUUUCCUUCGAGCACGCGUCUCGGUAUCCGCGGCGCCAAUAUCUUGCGAUUGUUCUUAUAACUUUCGCACUUUGAAUAUUUUUGAUAACGAAUUUGCCUGAGAGUUCACGGCACGAGGGCCGAACCAUCAUCUUGUCUCCACUGCGCCCCCAGAAAAAAUCACCGUGCUAGAAAGUUAGUACACAAGUUCAUCACCAUCAGUCACGUUCUCGCCAUGUUCACACUUGUUCGUUUCUUCCUCAUCGCGCCAAUCAUCCUCAAGACUUUCUCGCUUGUCACUCAUAGUAGAGUAUGUGUCAACACGUGUUCAAAACGACGAGACUUUUUCUUCUUCUUCUUCGCGCAAUCAUCGUUUUGCCUACCGAGAAAAAGCGUGCCCGCAAAGUCAAAGAUUGCAUAGUAUCUUUCCUUGUGCUCUUUGCUCCUUCUUUCUUUCCUUCCAAACGUACUCGUUUUGUUGCAGAUGACGCUGGCGUUCUUGCGGCUCCAGAAGACUUUGCAGGCGGUGGUGAGUUUGCGAAGGAUACGGUAUAUCAUUGAUCUCUGAAUCUCUUGCAUGUUGUGUGAUGUUGCAUGCUCAAAAUCUGUGUCAAUGUUUCUGGCUUUUCAGAUAUUUCAGAUUUGAAGCAAGGUUUUUCAGCAGGGAGUCUCUUUUUUUCAUAUUUACUUCAGAACUGGGCUAUUUCUGACAAAUUUAAAAGAUUUUCCGCCAAAUUACUAGGCCCAGCUUUUUCGAUCGCUAUCUUCUCUACGUUAACACUAUGAUUUUCAGUUGGUAAAAAGCCAGAGAAGCCACAGGAAGCGGAAAAGAAGAGAGAUCGGACAGGUACCGGUUUUAACUCAAAAAUAUACGCUUACUUGGCGAUUUUCAGAAAGUGAAGAUAAAGAUGGCACUGAGGGCGGUGAAAAACCUGAGCAGAAAGAUCAGAACGCAUCUCAAACAGCUCCCGGAGAGUAAGUUCUCUGAUAUUGUACUUGCAUUACUGUAGCGCAUUCCAAUUUCAGAAGCGAAAAGAGCACUCAUCUGAACUCAACGUUCACUUCGCCAGAACAGCACGGACAAACUGAGAGACAAGUGCGGAAAAGCACCCGGAAGAGCCUCACUCGUAGUUUAAACAUCAGAGAAUCGGAUAUUGAUGCGGACGUGGUGGAGGUCGAAGAAGAGGAGAUUCCGAGCGAUCCGACAAGCAGUGGCAUCAGUGCCACGUAUGCGUUUGACAAGAUCGAGGAGGAGAAUCAGACAGGAUUGGGCGCCUUGAAGACUAAAGUAUCGGAGAAGGACUCUGACUCGAUGGCUGUCCAGGAACUGAACAAAAAGAUGAAGAAGAAAGAAGAGAACGAAGAGACUGUUGUCGAAAAAGGAGUCAAGAAGAGGAAAGAGCAGGAGAAGUCCGAGCUCAGUGUUCAGGAGCUCAAUAAGUCGAUGAAGAAGAGAACGGAGAAGGAGGAGACUGAAUUUGAGAGUCAAGCGGAGAAGAUCAAGGAAAGUGAGCAGACGGGAAUGUCUAUUCUGGAGCUGAACAAGUCAGUGAACAAGAAGGGAGAGAAGGAGGAAGCGGAGAUUGAGAGCAAAGCCGGAAAGACCAAGGAAGCUGAGCAAUCAGAGCUCUCCGUGCAAGAGCUCAAUAAGAAAGCGAAAAGGAAAGAACAGAAGGACGGAGCGUCGAAGAUUCUGAACCUGGGAGCGGGAGAGCAGGAUCAGCUGAGUGUUCACGAUCUGAAUGCGGAGCUGUCCUCUGGAGCAUUCAAAGAUCAUGAAGCGUCACAAAACUUUGGAGUUAGUUCUCAAGACCAGGACGCUCUGGCGAUCCAAUCGCUCAACAAAAAGAUUAAAAAGAAGGGUUCAAGCGGUGACGUGGAGCUGAAACUCAAGGAAAAGGUCGAGGAAGCGGACAACUUCACCCUGAAAGAUCUUUAUGAAGAGCUCACGGCGAAGGCGGCAAAAGAAGCGGAAGCAGCUGGAAAAUUGGCCGAUGAAACCGCAGAGAAGACGUCGAUGGAAGUGAAGGAUGUGAAGAAGAAGCUGAAGAAGAAAGAAGCUUCAGAAGCCAACGACACUGUUUUCGAUGAGAAAACCUCCGAAAAAACUUCAAUGGAACUGCGGGAUGUAAACGUUGAUACUCAAAAACCGACUGCAUCGAAAGAAGUUCCGAUGUUCAACUUUGGAGAGAAAGACCAAGAAGAGUACUCAAUGGCUAUAAAGGAUGUGAACAAGAAGUUGGCGCGGCAAGACGCUGAGGAGAUCCAAUCUGGAAACUUGGUGACUUCGAAUGAAGAGAAGACGGGACUGGCGGUUACUGGGAAGAAUAAGAAGCUGAAGAAGAGUCAGGAAGAAGCUGCGGAGGCUGAGUUCGGAGCUAAAGUGAAAGGAUCUCAAGAUGCGAAGGAUUCUCUUGCGGAGACCACGUUAAGAGCCAAGAAGUCGAAGAAAGGAGCUUCUGAGAGCUCCGAAUCCAACCAGAACAUUCAGAAUCGUGAGGAGACUUCCCUGGCUACCACUAAUCUGGAUGAUAGCCUGACGAAGAGCGAGGAAGAAGCGAAUGAUGAGGCUGAACACCUUGUCUCACUGAAAAACAAGGAAAAGACGUCGUUGGCGAUGCGAAGGAAGAGAGUUAGCUUCGACUCGUCCACCAAAUCCGAUUCUGUCGAAGAGAUGAUUCCGGAGAAGAACAAAGAUGCAGAUGAGAUGAGCAUCAUUGGGCUCAAGAAGAAAGUGAUGAAGACUCCUGAGGAAGCGGCAGCCGAGAUUGAGAAAAAAGAGAAAGCACUGGCGAAGGAGAAGUCUUCAUUCGAGGAGACCACGUUGAGAUCAAAGAAGGGAGCCAAGAAGAAAGAGACGGGAGCGGACGCAGAAAAGAAUCUCGGAGACUCUGAAAAGGAUACGGAUUCAUUGGCUAUCACAGGAAAGAAGGGAAAGUUCGGAAAAGCUGAGGAAUCUGAGAGCGCUGAGAAGUCACUGAAAGCUCCAGCUCCUUUGAAACGAACAAAGACGAGCUUUGCUGAGCAGAGCCUGACUUCUGAGCUGGACAAGUUUAUGGACGACGAGGAAAUGGCUGAAAUGAUGUUUGCGGAAGAUGCCAAGGCUCAAGAUCGGCUCAGCGUCAACGAGAGGAAUCAGAAAUUAUUGAAGGAUGAAGAGGCAGGAUCAGCAGAAACAAAGCUUCAAGACUGGGAAAGUGUGAGUGGAAAGGACAGUCUGGCCAGUGUUGGAAAGAGGGCUAGCCUGAAAAAAGAAGAAGAAGAACUCGGAGCGUCAAAAAUGAUCGGAGAAGCAGCCGAAACGGAGAAAGAGAGUUAUACUGAGCAGACGAGGCAUGUAAAGAAAUCACGGAAAGGCAAGGAUUCGGAAGUUUCGAACUCUUUGGCUCAAAAGAACAAAGCCAAAGAUCAGCUCUCCGUAUCCGCUACUUCAGCAGAACUCGACGAUUCGAACAAACUUUCCAGAGCUGAAGUGGACGCCAAUUUAGCAACUGCCGAUUUUUCCUCUGAUCAGUACUCCGAAGUCUCCAGGAACAAAGCGUUAGCAAAAAAUGAAGACUCUCAAGGAACGGAAACUUCGCAAGGAGAAGCUCAAGAUGCUCAAGGAGCCUAUGCAGAGAUCUCGAAAGGCAGAAAGUUCAAGAGAGCCGAGCAGUUGGGAGAAGCUGAAACGUCCAUUGGCUCAACAGGACCCACUCGUCAGGACUCUAAUUCGUUGACAGUCUCCGAAGUGAAUCCCGAACUUCGAAGGUCUAGUGUCGAAAUAUCAGCGUUUGGACAGAUUGAUCUGGUCAAUGAGGACGCUACAAGCCUUGCUGAUACUCACAGCGGCGCCGAUUUAAAGAAGAAAACUUCUAAGAAAAGCGCUUCAAAGAACUUGGCCGGAUCUCAAAAGGACAAAGAGUCGAUGAGCGUCGCGAGUCAAGAAGGAGUAUUCGGAAAGGGAGCCGAGUCUGGCGAGGCGUCUGCCACUGUGGAGCAGCAGGAUGAGGAACGAGCCGAGUACGAGGAGAGAGUGGCGAGUGUUUCUGGUGAUUUGAUACGAGACGGAGCAAAGGGAGCAGCGGAAACUGGAGGAAAGAGCCCGAUGUCCGCUGCGGAUGUGCUCACGGUCACGGAUGUAGACGCCGACUUCACGGGAGCUUACGAUCAUGCUGAGAAAUCCAUUGGAACCGGGGCAACUAAGACUGAAGCGUCAGAUGCGUACAGUGAAAAAACUCUGAAGAGUUCGAAGAAGAAGAAAACAGAAUCUGGUCAUGCUGAAGCUCAUUCGACAUCUCAAUCGAAACAGGACAAACUCACCAUCUCUGGAGCCAAUGCUGGUUUUGAAAAGGACCGAGAUGCUCAAGAGUCAGCCGAAGCAUCACUUGCCGAUCAGCAGUCAGUACAAGCAGACAAGGAUAGCUACAGUGAGCAGAAGCUGAGGGCUAAGAAGCACAAGAAAGGAGCAGAGGCUGGAGCAACGAAGAAUAUCACCGGUGCAGAGUCGAAAGAUCUGAAAGCGACAGAUGAGUUCUCGAUGACAUCAUCAGACGCUCACAUCUCAAAGGAUGAAGAGUCGGGUAAAGCGUCCCACGGAACUGCUGAAGAUAUGAAUGCCGUUGCUUCUUUGAGUCAUCUCGACAGCGAGCACAAGUUGGAAAGUGAUGAGCAACAUGCUGAGACGAGGAUGUUGAUUGCAGAAGACGGAAAACAAGAGAACGACUCCGAUUCGUUGACGAUGGCUGAAACCGAUGCUGCCUUGGCUCAAGAAGAAGCUCGAGAGUCAACAGAGCAGCAGACAAUCACUGGAAAGCAGUCUGCUGAGGAUAAGUACGCCGAGAGUCGAAGAAAGACAACACUGAAGAAGAAGCCGGAGAAGCAAACAGUGACUGACACUCUCUCGGUGGAUGGACGACACGACACCACUUCGCUUUCAGUCGCCGAUUCUGGAAUCUCAUUCGAUAAGUCGACCGAAAAUGAGCUCGGAGCGUCUACUGGAAAGAUGUUGAGUGUGGAAGGAGAUGCGACGAGUUAUGGAGAAGUGUCAAAAGAUGUCAAGUUGGAGUCUGCAGAUGACAUGGCUUCGGUGAAUCAAGCAGAAGACACGAAGAGCCGUGGAAAAGCUAUGAAGACUGUGAAGAAGGGGAAGGAAGCUAAGGCUAAUUUGAUCUCGAGCUUUGAGAAAUCUGAAGAGGAAUCAAAAACUUCAAAGAAUCUGACGAAGAAGGCCGAGCAAGAAAAGGCUUCUUUCGCCGAAAACAAUGUGGGAUUCGAUUUGUCGUCCCACGGAGCCCAGGCGGACGCUUCUUUCUCGGCACAAUCCGCUAAAGAUUCAGAUUCUCUAGCUUUUCAAGAUUCCGAUCUGUCCUUCACCAAACCAUCCGACUCCAAGGCCGACGCUGAGGUUAAAGUGCCACAACGGGAACUUACUCUGAAGAUUUGCCAAGCCGAAACGGUUGACUGGUCAGACGACUCGGAAACUGAAGCCGGAGCUAGCACUUCGGAGGCUGGACCUGUCAAAAAGAAGAAGAAGUUCAUAAUCUCGGCAAUCUCGCAGGAUGGAGAGUUCAGCGACGCCGAGAGCAUCACAUUCGACGAGCAUGGAGUUAGAGUUGAGAAGAGAAGGAGAAGGAAGAGGGAUCCGAGCGAUUACAUGGAAGGAAAGGAGCUGGCGAUGAAGAUUCCUGCGUUUGCGAAGAAGAUGCAGUACAUCGGGUGUAUUGAAGGAGACGUGGUGGCAUUCACAAUCAAGGUGGUGGCCGAUGAGGUCCCAUUGGUAAGUGACGUUUUUUCUUCAUCAAAGAGUAUCCAUUUUACAGAUUCGAAUGUACCGCAACGAUUUCCCGGUUGACAACUUCGACAAGAUGGCCUUCGAAGGAUUCAGCAGAGGCGCCGAGCACACGUUCAAUGUGAAAAUCAUGGAGAUCCGCAAGAUUGAUGGUGGCAAGCUCGUGUUCGAAGCCAAAAACGAUUUCGGAGUGGACAAGUGCACAAUCCUUCUGGACGUUCGUGAUUCUGGAAGUUUCAUAGACGACCUCCCAGAAACGCACAAAUCGGCUGGAAUAUUGGCCCCGGUUGAAGAUGUGCAAGUGAAGGAAGGAGACACAGCCACGUUGAGCGGAAAGGUUGAAGGCUACCCGUUGCCUGAACUGAUCUGGAUUAAGAACGGAAAGGAAAUCGAUAUGAUGGUGCCAUCCACCAAAUAUCAGUUGGAUUACCACUCUGACGGAGAGUUCGAGGCUCGGAUUGCCAACUGCACAUUCGAGGAUGACGACGAUUACAGUCUUCUCGUGGAGAACCUUGCCGGUGUCGACAGUUGCAAUUUCCAAGUGUUCGUCGACUGUGAAGAGUAUCCGGAUGACGAGCACUUCAACCGAAGAAGACGUCUUCAGAGAGGACGUCGGAUCAUGGAAGCGUCUUCCGAUUCCGAACUGGAUGAUGCGAAGAAAAAGAGAAAGAGAAGAACAAAGCGGGUGGUGGAGAGGAAGAAUCCGAACGCGCCGCGGCUGACUCAACUGAUUCCACCGCGAUUCGACAAGAUUCUCUCGGAUCACGAUGCGAUCGUGGGAGAGAAUGUAGUGAUGAUGGUGGAGACGCUCGGAGAGCCAGAGCCACAGGUCAGAUUCUACAGGGACGGAAAGCUGAUCGACGAGAGAACCGACAGCGGAGAGAGGGUCAGUUAUUUUAGGGAAAAAACUCUCCCAAUCAUUUCAUAUUCAUUUUCAGAUGGAAAUCCGUCACGAGGACGAGAUGCGCAAGCAUUGGCUCAUUCUCAAGGAUAUCUGCAAAGACGAGGAAGCCGAAUACGCGUGUCAGGCCAUCAACGUGGCUGGAGAGGCUUGGUGUUUCUCUGAUGUCGUUGUCCACUUGUCCCAAGGUGUCGUCUUUGUCUUGUGCUCUGUGUUUUUUGAGUUAGAUUUUGUUGGUCAGAGAUUCAGACAGAAAUGAUAUAUGCCGAUAACUGUAUAGUAACAUCUAAAUUAUUUCGUUUCAGAAUCUCGUGAUGAAGAUAAAUCUGUUGAUGAACCUGCUGAGAUAGGCAAGUCAGAAGUAACUGAAGAGGAGAAGUCAGCUGAAGCCAAGCCAAAGACCAAGAAGAAGGUUGUGAAGAAGAAAGAGGAGACGGAGAGUUCUUUCAAUUCAGCUGUUAUCGAAGCUUCAGCUGUAGAAUCUGAAAAGAUCGAUGAACCCGCUGCACAAGACGCUAAAUCUGAAACUCAAGAGCUGCAAGAAGCCGGAACGAAAGCCAAGAAGAAGGUUGUAAAGAAGAAGGGAGAGGCGGAAAGUGCUUCCAAGACAACUGAUGUAGAAGAUUCAGCUGUGGAAGCUGAAAAGAUCGAUGAAGCCGCAUCGGAAAUUGAGGCUAAGACUGAAACUCAAGAGCAAAAGGAUGAUGAAGUAAAGGCUAAAAAGAAAUCUAAGACGGACUACUCUGUUGAUCAAGAAUCUAAGGCUGUUGAAGCAGAAUCCAAAGAAAAGAAGGCUGAUGCAGAGAAGGCGAGGAAGGACGAGACCGAGACGACUUCUGAAGUCAAGACGAAGGAAGAAGAGACCGCUGAGGCUAAGACGACUAAGAAAACAGCCGAAAAGAAGGCAGUCAAGCCGAAGAAGGAUGCAGUUUCUAAGCCAGCGGAAGCCAAGCCUACCGAAGUCAAAAAAGAGCCCACGGCGGCCUCAUCUUCGAAAGAAAGCGCUCCGCCAACGGGAGAGAAGUCGGCCGAGGCUCCAAUCGAGGGCUCCCUUGUUGAGGCGAAGAUCGAGGACACUCCAGCCGAUGUUCGUGUCGAGACAGUUGAGAUAAGCAAGAAAACAGCUGAAAAGAAGGCGGUCAAGCCGAAGAAGGAAGCAGUUUCUAAGCCAGCGGAAGCCAAGCCUACCGAAGUCAAAAAAGAGCCCACGGCGGCCUCAUCUUCCAGAGAAAGCGCUCCACCAACUGGAGAGAAGGCGGCCGAAGCUCCAAUCGAGAGCUCCGCAGAAAACAAGGCAGCCAAGCCGAAGAAGGAAGCAGUUUCUAAGCCAGCGGAAGUCAAGCCUACUGAAGUCAAAAAAGAGCCCACACCGGCCUCAUCUUCGAAAGAAAGCGCUCCGCCAACGGGAGAGAAGUCGGCCGAGGCUCCAAUCGAGGGCUCCCUUGUUGAGGCGAAGAUCGAGGACACUCCAGCCGAUGUUCGUGUCGAGACAGUUGAGAUAAGCAAGAAAACAGCUGAAAAGAAGGCAGUCAAGCCGAAGAAGGAAACAGUUUCUAAGCCAGCGGAAGCCAAGCCUACUGAAGUCAAAAAAGAGCCCACAACGACUUCAUCUUCCAAAGAAAGCACUCCACCAACGGAGGCCGGAAGGAAGAAGAAGAUGAUUCCGAAGGCUUUGUUCAUCCCAGAUGAGAUCAGUUCCCGAUUCGGUGAUCCGAGCACAAUGCACUCUGAGACCAACAUCACCGCGACCAUCCGUGGGCGUGAGGGAAGUGCCGAUGCAAAGACGCCGCUAGUUGAACCACUGUCUGCGAGCGUUUCUAUGAAGGUUUGCGCUAAGAAAACAACUAAAAGUUGAUAACAACCACGUAUUUCAGGUGGAGAGUGCCAAAGAAAAGGCAGAGUUCUCAUUCAAACGCCGUUCCGAGACUCCAGACGAUCAAGCCAGAAAGAAGGAAGGACUUCCUCCGAAGAAGACCGAUGAGAAACAGGCAAAGACUGAAAAGAAGGUUAGUUUAUUUAAAUUGCCCAUAGCAUGACGAUGUCCGGAUGGAUUUGAAAGUUUGAAAAAAAAACUAUAAACUUUUCGGAGAGAAUUGUACAAUCAUCCGAACAUCAUCCUUCCGUGAGCACGAAUCACGAUCCCGCUCGAGCACUUCCUGCUCUCUCCUUUUACCCUAUGCACAUACGCACUUCCCCUUUUUAGGAAGAAGCUGAGGAGAAGGUCGAGAAGAAGACUUUGGGAGAAGGUCAAGUUGAGAAAGUUGUUGAGAAGAAAUCAGUAGCCAAGACCGAGGCGGAGGUUGCACAAAAGACGACCAUCGAGAAGAAGGCUAAGAAAGAUUCCGAGGCUAAAACAGAGGCCAAAAAGAAGGUGGAAGCUAAGAAGGACGAAGCUGUUGAUCAGGAAUCUAAAGCCGUCGAAGCAGAGGUGAAAGCAAAGAAGGCGGAAGAGGAGACCAAGAAGACAUCUGAAGUCAAGGUGAAGGAAGAAGACGAGGCUAAGAAAGAUGCCGAUGCUAAACCCAAGAAGGAUUCCGAAGCCAAGGCCAUAGUGGAGACCGAUGGAAAACUUCCAAAGCCGGAAGAACCGUCCGGUGAAGCUGCUUCCAAAAAGCGCGUCAUCAAGAAGAAGAAGGAGAAGAGUGAUUCUGUUGCCAGUGAUUCUAGUCUUGCUGAUGUCUCAAAGAUCAGCGAUGUUGAGGAGAAACCGAAACAGAAGGUGGAAGCUAAGAAGGACGAAGCUGUUGAUCAGGAAUCUAAAGCCGUCGAACCAGAGGUCAAAGAAAAGAAGGUGAAAGAAGAGACCAUGACGACAUCUGAAGUCAAGACGAAGAAAGAAGACGAGGCUAAGAAAGAUGCCGAGGCUAAGAAAGAUGCCGAGGCUAAGAAAGAUGCCGAAGCUAAGAAAGAUGCCGAGGCUAAGAAAGAUGCCGAAGCUAAGAAAGAUGCCGAGGCUAAGAAAGAUGCCGAGGCUAAGAAAGAUGCCGAAGCUAAGAAAGAUGCCGAGGCUAAGAAAGAUGCCGAGGCUAAGAAAGAUGCCGAAGCUAAGAAAGAUGCCGAAGCUAAGAAAGAUGCCGAAGCUAAGAAAGAUGCCGAAGCUAAGAAAGAUGCCGAGGCUAAGAAAGAUGCCGAAGCUAAGAAAGAUUCCGAGGCUAAAACAGAGGCCAAAAAGAAGCUGGAAGCUAAGAAGGACAAAGCUGUUGAUCAGGAAUCUAAGGCAGUCGAAGCAGAAGUGAAAGCAAAGAAGGCGGAAGAGGAGACCAAGAAGACAUCUGAAGUCAAGAUGAAGAAAGAAGACGAGGCUAAGAAAGAUGCCAAAGCAAAGAAAGAUGCCGAGGCUAAGAAAGAUGCCGAGGCUAAGAAAGAUGCCGAAGCUAAGAAAGAUGCCGAGGCUAAGAAAGAUGCCGAGGCUAAGAAAGAUGCCGAAGCUAAGAAAGAUGCCGAGGCUAAGAAAGAUGCCGAGGCUAAGAAAGAUGCCGAAGCUAAGAAAGAUGCCGAGGCUAAGAAAGAUGCCGAGGCUAAGAAAGAUGCCGAAGCUAAGAAAGAUGCCGAGGCUAAGAAAGAUGCCGAGGCUAAGAAAGAUGCCGAAGCUAAGAAAGAUGCCGAAGCUAAGAAAGAUGCCGAAGCUAAGAAAGAUGCCGAGGCUAAGAAAGAUGCCGAAGCUAAGAAAGAUGCCGAGGCUAAGAAAGAUGCCGAGGCUAAGAAAGAUGCCGAAGCUAAGAAAGAUGCCGAGGCUAAGAAAGAUGCCGAGGCUAAGAAAGAUGCCGAAGCUAAGAAAGAUGCCGAAGCUAAGAAAGAUGCCGAAGCUAAGAAAGAUGCCGAAGCUAAGAAAGAUGCCGAGGCUAAGAAAGAUGCCGAAGCUAAGAAAGAUUCCGAGGCUAAAACAGAGGCCAAAAAGAAGCUGGAAGCUAAGAAGGACGAAGCUGUUGAUCAGGAAUCUAAGGCAGUCGAAGCAGAGGUCAAAGAAAAGAAGGUGAAAGAAGAGACCAAGAAGACAUCUGAAGUCAAGACGAAGGAAGAAGACGAGGCUAAGAUAAAUGUCGAGACUAAACCCAAGAAGGAUUCCGAAACCAAGACCAUAAUGGAGACCGAUGGAAAACCUCCAAAGCCGGAAGAACCGUCCGGUGAAGCUGCUUCGAAAAAGCGCGUCAUCAAGAAGAAGAAGGAGAAGAGUGAUUCUGUUGCCAGUGAUUCUAGUCUUGCUGAUGUCUCAAAGAUCAGCGAUGUUGAGGAGAAACCGAAACAGAAGGUGGAAGCUAAGAAGGACGAAGCUGUUGAUCAGGAAUCUAAACCCGUCGAAGCAGAGGUCAAAGAAAAGAAGGAGGAGACCAAGAAGACAUCUGAAGUCAAGACGAAGAAAGAAGACGAGGCCAAGAAAGAUGCCGAAGCUAAGAAAGAUUCCGAGGCUAAGAAAGGUGCCGAGGCUAAAACAGAGGCCAAAAAGAAGCUGGAAGCUAAGAAGGACAAAGCUGUUGAUCAGGAAUCUAAGGCAGUCGAAGCAGAAGUGAAAUCAAAGAAGGCGGAAGAGGAGACCAAGAAGACAUCUGAAGUCAAGAUGAAGAAAGAAGACGAGGCUAAGAAAGAUGCCGAAGCUAAGAAAGAUGCCGAAGCUAAGAAAGAUUCCGAGGCUAAAACAGAGGCCAAAAAGAAGCUGGAAGCUAAGAAGGACAAAGCUGUUGAUCAGGAAUCUAAAGCCGUCGAAGCAGAGGUGAAGGAAAAGAAGGUGAAAGAAGAGACCAUGACGACAUCUGAAGUCAAGACGAAGAAAGAAGACGAGGCUAAGAAAGAUGCCGAAGCUAAGAAAGAUUCCGAGGCUAAAACAGAGGCCAAAAAGAAGCUGGAAGCUAAGAAGGACAAAGCUGUUGAUCAGGAAUCUAAGGCAGUCGAAGCAGAAGUGAAAUCAAAGAAGGCGGAAGAGGAGACCAAGAAGACAUCUGAAGUCAAGAUGAAGAAAGAAGACGAGGCUAAGAAAGAUGCCGAAGCUAAGAAAGAUGCCGAAGCUAAGAAAGAUGCCGAGGCUAAGAAAGAUGCCGAAGCUAAGAAAGAUGCCGAGGCUAAGAAAGAUGCCGAAGCUAAGAAAGAUUCCGAGGCUAAAACAGAGGCCAAAAAGAAGCUGGAAGCUAAGAAGGACAAAGCUGUUGAUCAGGAAUCUAAGGCAGUCGAAGCAGAAGUGAAAUCAAAGAAGGCGGAAGAGGAGACCAAGAAGACAUCUGAAGUCAAGAUGAAGAAAGAAGACGAGGCUAAGAAAGAUGCCGAAGCUAAGAAAGAUGCCGAAGCUAAGAAAGAUGCCGAGGCUAAGAAAGAUGCCGAAGCUAAGAAAGAUGCCGAGGCUAAGAAAGAUGCCGAAGCUAAGAAAGAUUCCGAGGCUAAAACAGAGGCCAAAAAGAAGCUGGAAGCUAAGAAGGACAAAGCUGUUGAUCAGGAAUCUAAGGCAGUCGAAGCAGAGGUCAAAGAAAAGAAGGUGAAAGAGGAGACCAAGAAGACAUCUGAAGUCAAGGUGAAGGAAGAAGACGAGGCUAAGAAAGAUGCCGAUGCUAAACCCAAGAAGGAUUCCGAAGCCAAGGCCAUAGUGGAGACCGAUGGAAAACUUCCAAAGCCGGAAGAACCGUCCGGUGAAGCUGCUUCGAAGAAGCGCGUCAUCAAGAAGAAGAAGGAGAAGAGUGAUUCUGUUGCCAGUGAUUCUAGUCUUGCUGAUGUCUCAAAGAUCAGCGAUGUCGAGGAGAAACCGAAAAAGAAGGUUUUGAAGAAGAAGACCGAGAAAUCGGAUUCCGUAAUCAGUGACACGUCAUCUGUUGAAACAAGCAAGCCAGAAGGAGAUUCAACGGGAACUGCUGAAAGCAAGUCGAUCACAACGGAUUCGGCUGUCGAAUCAGAAGCCACGAAAGAAUCAGACUACACCCUCCAGCAAAGGAAGAAGCCUGAAACUGUGGAGGAGUCGCCAUGCGAGUUCACAUCGGCCACAAUCAAGAGGAAGGCGUCAGAAAUCCUCAGUGACAAUGAGCAGAGUGUUUCCAGCAAGACUUCUUCCGAAGGCCGCAGAAGACGUCGUCGUACUGGCUUCGCUUCAACAUUCGCAUCCGAAACGCUUGCUCUUCGUGGGGACAACGUGGAAAUUGAGGUAGAGUUGGUGAAUGAAGAAGACACCGUCACGUGGCAAGUCAAUGGAAAAGACGCUGAUUUGAACUCAAGAUACCACGAAAUGUCCCACACAUUUUUCCGAACCCUGAUCAUUGACGAAGUCCAACCCGAGGAUUCCGGUUUGGAAGUCACUGUCAAGUGUGGAGAUGAAGUUCACAAGACUGUUCUGAAGGUUGAAGAGCUGCCAACUGACUUUGUCAAUUAUCUUCCAAGAAAGACGUCCGGAAAGGAAGGACAAGAAGUGACGAUUUCUGUAACUCUCAACCAUCCGAUCGAUGUGAGCAAGGUCGUCUGGCUCAAAGACGGAAAGCCUUUGGAGAUCAGCAAUGAUUACUCAAUCGACACCAUCGGAUGCUCAGUGUCAUUGACGCUGAGAAGAGCCAAGUACGAGGACAGUGGAAAGUACACUGUCAAGUGCGAUGGAGUCGACUGCAGCACCCAUCUGUCUGUGCAAGGAAAGCCGGUUCUGAAGAAUGUAUCGGAGCAGAAACCGGUGAUUCACGUAAGUUAUUCCAGAAUCUCUUCCCCGCGCAUUUCAAUUCAAUUCCUUUUUGUUCGAGCACUUCUGCCCUUUUCCUUUUCAUUCCAUUGCUCUUCACUUCACGCAAUCCCUUCGAAUUUCUCCCAAACGAACGCGCCUGAAUCUGUUAUGAUUCAAUUUCCUAAUUGAAAUAUUGUUCAGGUUGAUAAGGAUGAUCAGUUUUCCAUUCACGUCGCCUAUGACAGUAAUCCAGAAGCCUCGUUCUCCAUGUCCGUUGACGGAAAGGAGUUAGAGUUUGACGGAAGAAGUCGUAUCGAUGUUGUGGACGAUGGGUUGAAGCUCACGAAGAGAGGAGUGAGCAAGGCAGAUUCGGGAGAGUAUGAGGUGAAACUGAAGAACGAGUUUGGAGAAGUCACGCAGAAGUUUGAUGUAAAGGUGAGAAAUUCAUAAGUCAAUCUCCCCUCAAUGAUGUUUUUCAGGUCAACGACAGCCCAUCGGCUCCUGGAGACGUUUCCGUCGUGAAAGCGGAAAGCAACUGCCUGCACAUAAUGUGGACUGCCCCCGCUGAGAACAACGGCGCCGAAGUCACCUCUUAUCUCAUUGAGAAGAAGGAGAGCGGCAGAAGAAAGUUCCACAAAGUUGCGACGGUCAACGGAAAGAAGAACUCCUACAUCGUGGACGAUCUGGAAAUCGAAACCCCGUACAUUAUCCGAAUCGCCGCUGUGAACAAGUUUGGAACCGGAGAAUUCGUCGAGACGAAGCCAGUGCAAACCGGAUCUCCGUUCCAAGUGCCGACGAUCGAAUUCCCGCCGAGAAUUGAGAAUGUGACAUCGACAUCUUGCUCGCUGACCUGGCCAAAACCGAUCGACGAUGGAGGCUCUCCAGUGUACGGAUAUGAUGUGUACAAGCGAGAGAAUGGCGGAGAGUGGCAGAAGUUGAACGGAGAGGAACUCGUGUUCACUGAAAGCUUCAAUGUGAGAGCACUGGGCUCCGGAAAGGAGUACGAGUUCAAGGUGGAAGCUUGCAAUGAAGCCGGACUCCGCUCCAAUUCGAACGUGGUUUCCGAGAAGUUGAAGGUCGAAGGACUGGUCCCUGAUGUGAUUCUGGAGACUCCGAUCGUGAGAGUGCUCGACAACGACAAGGUGGAAGUGAGCUGGCAGCCGGACGGAGAGAACGAGUUCGUGGUCCAAUACAAGUCCGAUGGAUCUUCUAUCUGGGCCAGUGUGGACAUCGGAGUUCCUGCCGGAUCGCAAGAUGAAUCCGUUUCCGCUACAAUCUAUCCUAAAUGUGUGAUUGACGGUCUUCGCGAAGGAAUCUCGUACGUGUUCCGUGUUGCCGCCCGCAACGAACACGGUACCGGAGAGUUCAGCGAGCCUACCAUCCCAGUUGUUGUGCUUGCUGAUGAUGCUCCAAGAAUCUUGAAGGCUAUCAAGCCAGUGAAGAUUCCGAAGAAGUGUGAGCUCAGAUUGGAAUGCCACGCCGCCGGACACCCAGCUCCUGAAUACAUCUGGUACAAGGACGGAAAGGAGAUUAUUCCGAUGGAUGAGAAUACGGAAAUCGUGAAUGAAGGAUCGAUGAGCGCUCUGAUCAUUCACGAGAUGUCAUCAGAAGACGCCGGUGUUUACAAGGUGCUCGUUGAGAACAUUCACGGAACCGCCGAAUCUGAAUCCGAAGUGUCCAUCAGCGACGUCCGAGCUCACUUCAACUCUUCGUUCUCGGAGCUUACCGAGAUCGAAGAGGGUCACGACAUUGAGCUGACUUGCGAGGUUUCCGACGAGGAAGCAGUUGUGAACUGGUACAAGGACGGAAAGAAGCUGGUGGCCAGUGACCGGGUCCAAUUCUACGCGAUGGCUCGAAAGAGAACACUGCGAAUCAAGGGAUCCACAGAUGCGGACAGCGGAGUGUACAAGUGCGAGACGACGGACGGAAGAAGCCGUGCGGAGGGAGAAGUCAUCGUGAACGAAGAGGAACCACACAUUCUCGUGGGUCCUCAGGACGCCAUCGUCAAGGACUUUGGAGAGUCCAUUGCCCUCUCCUGCGAGCUUUCCAAAUCGGUUCGCAAGGUGAAAUGGUUCAAGAACGGAGUGGAGAUUUGGCCGCAGAUGAACAAGGCGAUCAUGGAAACGGACGGAAAGAAGGCGACGUUGGAGAUUAAGAAUUUUGACAAACACGACAUCGGAGCAUACACCGCGUCCGUGUCCGAUAAGGAGACCUCCGCGGCUGCCAAACUGGACUUCGAAGUUGCUCCGAACUUGAUUGUCCCGGAGGAAAUCAAGAACGGAGUCACUGUUCACGCUGGAAACGAGUUCGACUUCAAGGUCGACUUCACCGGAUUCCCAGCCCCAAGCAUCCAUAUGACCAACAAUGGAUCGCCGAUGAAGGCCAUCGCCACUGUGACCGAGUACGAUGAUAGCGUGAGUGUCCGAAUGAAAAACGUCACCCUAAACAACUCUGGAAUCGUUCGAAUCAUUGCUGAAAGCCCGCUUGGCCAGUGCAUCAAGGAGAUUCCACUGAAGAUUGUGGAUACGCCGUCGGCUCCGUUGGAUCUUCAAUUCAAAGAGGUCACCGAGGACAGCGUUUUCCUCUCUUGGCAACCACCAGAGGAAACGAACGGCGCCCCACUCACCGGAUACGUUAUCGAGAGAAAGGGAGUGGACAAUAACAGAUGGAGGCCUUGCGGACAAGUCAAGCCGAACAAGUUGACGUUCGUGGCCGAGGAUCUGUUCUGCAAUCAGGUCUACGGAUUCAGAGUGCUCGCUGUCAACGAGGUCGGCGAGUCAGAGCCGUGCGACACUGUCGAUGUGCUCACUCUUGAGAGCUCCGAGCCAGUCUCCGAGUCGUCCGAACUGUUCGCCCCCAAGAUUGCCAUUCUGGCGACUCCGCAAGUCACGGUGGCUGUGGAUGGAACCAAAGUCACUUUGAGAUGGGACGAGUGCGCAGAGACCAGUCUCUAUAAGAUCGAAAGAAAGAAAGUGGGCGAGGAAGAGUGGCUCGAGAUUGCCAACACUGAUAGGAACAAGUUCAAGGAUCGGUCGGUGACCGAGUCUGGAGAGUUCACUUAUCAAGUGACGGCUACUGGAAUCCACGCGAUUUCGAGCCCGAGUGAUGAGACGGAGCCCGUCAAGAUCUUGGUGCCUGGAUCGGAGUUCAAGGAGGUGUCGGACGAGCGGAAGGCUGAAAAGGCUGCGGUGGAUGAGAAGGUUGAGAAAGCCGAAACGAAAGAAAGCACUGAAGUCCAAGCGGAAUCCAAAACGACCACCGAAAGUCUUGCCGAAUCAGAAGCACAAGCUGAAACUGCGUCUGAAGCUGCCGAAGUCUCAUCGAAACCUGCUGAAGAAGAGAAGAAGGCCAAGAAGGUUGUGAAAAAGAAAGCCCAAGAGAACAAGGGCGAGGAAACGCUUCAAGAAGUGAAGGAGAAGCUUAAAAAGGGAAAAGCAGUGGACAAAGUACAAGACGAAUCCAGAAGAGGAUCGCUCCAAGCUUCUUCAGAUGCCGAGUCCGCAGUCAGUGAGAAAGCCCAGAAGGCCGGAGAAGAAGAAGAAGAAGUUUCCAAGAAGAAGAAGGUUGUGAAGAAGGCCCCAAAGAAGUUGGUGAAGACUGAAAAGCCGAAGGUUGAACUGAUCGCUGGACAACCGGGAGAACUGUCUGCUCAAGUGGAAACUGGAGUUGACGUUGAAUGGACGAAGGACGGAAAGGCCCUGGAUGCCUCCUACACCGUUGCCAGCAACGAAGGAGUCUCAACUGUCAAGAUCCCAACGGUUGAUGUGAAUGCUUCCGGAGUGUUCACUUGCAAAGCCAAAUCCAAGGACGGAGAACAAGAAGAAGUGUCCAUUGAGGUCACCGUCAAACUCCCGCAAGUCCCCAAGGUCGAAGCCGAGCAAUCGGUUGUCGAGGUCAAAGUCGGAGAUUCCGCGAAGCUUUCUGUCCAGAUCUCAGAGCCAGCCAACGUGGAAUGGACCAAGGACGACAAGCCGCUGAAGGAGGACUCCAACGUGAAGGCCCAGUUGUCCGCUGACGGAACCGCCCAGCUCACCAUUACCAAGACCGACGCCGGUCACGCUGGUGUUUAUAAACUCAACGCGACCAACGAUGCCGGUAAAGGAAAAGUAGAGAUUGCGUUGCGCAUCAAGGGAGCAGCAAAAGGAGCUCCAGGAAUUCCCACCGGACCCCUGGUUUUUGACGGAGUGACCGAUAAUUCUGCAGACUUCUCAUGGAAGGCCCCGGAGAACAACGGAGGAUGCGAGAUCAGUGGGUACAAUGUGGAGAGGAAGGAAUCAAAGAACAAGGGAUGGAAGCAGUGCGGAAAGACCAAAGAGCUCAAGUACAAAUUGGAAGAGCUCGAGGCGGAGACUGGCUACGAUGUGCGCGUGUCGGCGGUGAACGAGAUGGGAACUGGUGUCGCGUUGGAGGGAAAACUGACGACGUCUAAGAAGACCGCGGCGAAGAAAGAAGAUGAAAAAGACGCUAAAAAGUCCGAGGAAAAGGAAAAGACGUUCGAGGAGCUUAAACCCAUUGGAAAACCCGAAUCCAUGGCCUCGACGGCCACAUCGAUCUCUUUGAAAUGGGCUUCCGACAACGGUGACGUCACCUACACCGUCCAGAUGAAGGAGGCCAGUUCAAAACGGCCGUGGAGUGUCGCCGCGAAGGAAAUCUCCGAGUGCUCGGCGACAGUCGCCCAGCUCAAGGACGGAGUCUCCUAUCUCUUCCGCGUUGUUGCUCAAAACAAAGCCGGUCAAACUGUGACGUCCGAGCAAAGCGAGAUCAUUGAGUGCAAGAAUACUCAAGGUAUUAGGCUCAUAUUUCUUUUAUGAUUAUUCAAUUUUAAUUUCAGAAUCUCAAAAACCAAAGUUUACAAACGCUCCAGCCGAUCUGACAGUCAUCAAGAACACGAAGAGCAAGAUCACUGCCGAGUUCUCCGGACAUCCAGCUCCCGAAGUGCAUUGGUUCAAAAACAAGAAAGAGAUCUUUUCGGGAAAACGACAGUGGAUAGAGACGGCCGCUGGUGUGACAUCCUUGACGAUCGGAGAAGUUCGCGAGGACGAUGAAGGUGAGGCGGAGCUCUCAGCUUCUGCUCAUUUUGCUCUCUCUCUCUCUCUUUGUCUCCCAAUCUGGCCAAUUGAGCGGCCGGAAACCCGAGACCUUAUGUCAAAAGCCCUCAGCCAAUCUGUCUGUCACUCCAAAUUUGAACAGCCUCGUCCUCUUCGGUUACCUCUUUUUCAUUUUCAGGCGAGUACAAGAUAGUGGUGAAGAACACGUCCGGCUCGGCGGAGCACCAAUGCAAGCUCACGAUGGAUCAGAUGCCCGAGAUCAAUCGCGUCGAUCGAUACGCUUCCACGUUGGUCUUCGAUAAAGGAGAGACCGUCAAACUGCGGCUCUCGUUUUCCGGUUAG